AUGCAGUUUUAUGUUGAGUCCCCCCCCCCCCCUUACCACAUUAUCGGCAGAUCAGGAAAAUCAGAAUCGAAUGAGGGUAAAGUGUGGGACCAGAGGAUUAGAGAAGAUCAGUGUACAUCCCAAUCCCAAAGAAAGGCAGUGCCAAAGAAUGCUCCAACUACCGCACAAUUGCACUCAUUUCACACGCUAGCAAGGUUAUGCUUAAAAUUCUACAAGGAAGGCUUAAGCAGUAUGUGGACCGAGAACUCCCAGAAGUGCAAGCUGGAUUUAGAAGAGGCAGAGGAACCAGAGACCAAAUUGCAAACAUGUGCUGGAUUAUGGAGAAAGCUAGAGAGUUCCAGAAAUAUAUCUACUUCUGCUUCAUUGACUAUGCAAAAGCAUUUGACUGUGUCGACCACAGCAAACUAUGGCAAGUUCUUAAAGAAAUGGGAGUGCCUGAUCACCUCAUCUGUUUCCUGAGAAAUCUCUAUGUAGGACAAGAAGCUACAGUUAGAACUGCAUAUGGAACAACUGAUUGGUUCAAAAUUGGGAAAGGAGUACGGCAAGGCUGUAUAUUGUCUCCCUGCUUAUUUAACUUAUAUGCAGAAUUCAUAGAAUCAUAGAAUCAUAGAAUCAUAGAGUUGGAAGAGACCACAAGGGCCAUCGAGUCCAACCCCCUGCCAAGCAGGAAACACCAUCAGAGCACUCCUGACAUAUGGUUGUCAAGCCUCUGCUUAAAGACCUCCAAAGAAGGAGACUCCACCACACUCCUUGGCAGCAAAUUCCACUGUCGAACAGCUCUUAGUGUCAGGAAGUUCUUCCUAAUGUUUAGGUGGAAUCUUCUUUCUUGUAGUUUGGAUCCAUUGCUCCGUGUCCGCUUCUCUGGAGCAGCAGAAAACAACCUUUCUCCCUCCUCUAUGUGACAUCCUUUUAUAUAUUUGAACAUGGCUAUCAUAUCACCCCUUAACCUCCUCUUCUCCAGGCUAAACAUGCCCAGCUCCCUUAGCCGUUCCUCAUAAGGCAUCGUUUCCAGGCCUUUGACCAUUUUGGUUGCCCUCCUCUGGACACGUUCCAGUUUGUCAAUGUCCUUCUUGAACUGUGGUGCCCAGAACUGGACACAGUACUCCAAGUGAGGCCUGACCAGAGCAGAAUACAGUGGCACUAUUACUUCCCUUGAUCUAGAUGCUAUACUCCUAUUGAUGCAGCCCAGAAUUGCAUUGGCUUUUUAGCUGCCGCGUCACACUGUUGGCUCAUGUCAAGUUUGUGGUCAACCAAGACUCCUAGAUCCUUUUCCCAUGUACUGCUCUCAAGCCAGGUGUCCCCAUCUUGUAUUUGUGCCUCUCAUUUUUUUUGCCCAAGUGCAAUACUUUACAUUUCUCCCUGUUAAAAUUCAUCUUGUUUGUUUUGGCCCACUUCUCUAAUCUGUCAAGGUCGUUUUGAAGUGUGAUCCUGUCCUCUGGGGUGUUAGCCACCCCUCCCAGUUUGGUGUCAUCUGCAAAUUUGAUCAGGAUGCCCUUGAGUCCAUCAUCCAAGUCGUUGAUAAGGAUGUUGAAUAAGACCGGGCCCAAGACAGAACCCUGUGGCACCCCACUAGUCACUCUUCUCCAGGAUGAAGAGGAACCAUUGAUGAGCACCCUUUGGGUUCGGUCAGUCAGCCAGUUACAAAUCCACUGAGUGGUAGCAUAGUCAAGACCGCAUUUUACCAGCUUCUUUACAAGAAUAUCAUGGGGCACCUUGUCAAAUGCCUUGCUGAAAUCAAGGUAGGCUACAUCCACUGCGUUCCCUUCAUCUACCAGGCUUGUAAUUCUGUCAAAAACGAGAUCAGGUUAGUCUGACAUGACUUAUUUUUCAGAAAUCCAUGCUGACUAUUGGUGAUCACAGCAUUCCUUUCUAGGUGCUCACAGACUGUUUGCUUAAUGAUCUGCUCCAGAAUCUUCCCUGGUAUUGAUGUCAGACUGACUGGGCGGUAAUUAUUUGGGUCCUCUCUUUUCCCCUUUUUGAAAAUAGGGACAACAUUUGCCCUCCUCCAGUCUGCCGGGACUUCGCCUGUUCUCCCGAAAUUCUCAAAGAUGACUGCCAGUGGUUCUGAGAUCACAUCUGCCAGUUCUUUUAAUACUCUUGGAUGCAGUUCAUCUGGCCCUGGAGACUUGAAUACAUCCAAACUAGCCAAGUAUUCUUGUACUAUCUCCUUAGUUAUUCUGGGCUGUGUUUCCUCUGCUGAAUCAUUUGCUCCAAAUUCUUCAGGUCGGGCAUUGUUUUCUUUAUCGGAGAAGACUGAGGCAAAGAAGGCAUUGAGGAGUUCAGCCCUUUCUGUGUCCCCUGUUUGCAUUUCACCAUCUUCUCCUCUGAGUGACCCCACUGUUUCUUUGUUCUUCCUUUUGCUACUGAACAUACCCAUAAAAGCCUUUUUUGUUGCUUUUAACCUCUCUAGCAAGCCUGAGUUCAUUCUGUGCUUUAGCUUUUCUGACUUUGUGUCUACACGUGCUGGCUAUUUGUUUGAAUUCCUCUUUGGUGGUUUCCCCCUUUUCCAUUUAUGUACACAUCCUUAUUUAAUCUUAACUCAGUUAAAAGUUCUUUAGAUAGCCACCCUGGCUUCUUUAGGCACCUUCCAUGUUUCCGUCUCAUUGGUAUUGCCUGACUUUGUGCUUUUACUAUCUCCCUCUAAACAAACUCCCAGCCAUCAUGAACUCCCUUUCCUUUUAGUAUUACUGUCCAUGGGAUCUCACCCAGCACUUCCCUAAGUUUUAUGAAGUCGGCUUUCUUAAAGUCAAGAAAUUGAGUCCUAGUAUGCUUGGCUGCUCCUUUCCGCUGUAUAGUAAACUUCAGAAGAGCAUGAUCACUCGCGCCUAAUGAUCCUUCCACUUCUACCCCACUAACCAGGUCAUCAACAUUGGUUAGGACCAGAUCUAAAAUGGCUGUUCCUCUUGUUGCUUCUCCCACUUUCUGGACAAUGAAGUUGUCUGCAAGGCCAGUGAGGAAUCUGUUUGACCUUAUGCUCUUGGCUGAGUUUGACAUCCAACAAAUAUCCGGGUAAUUGAAGUCCCCCAUUACUACUAUCUCCCUUCCUUUUGCAUGCUUGGCCAUCUGUUCCAGGAAGGCAUCAUCUAUGUCCUCCGUUUGGCUUGGGGAUCUAUAGUAAACUCCCACAAUGAGGUCACUGUUAUUCUUCUCUCCCUUAAUUUUGACCCAAAUGCUCUCACUUUGGCUUUGAGGUUCUAAAUCUUGGAUCUCUUCACAGGUAUAUACAUCCCUGACAUAUAACGCCACUCCUCCUCCUUUCUUGUCUGGUCUGUUUCUCUGAAGUAGAUUGUAUCCCCCCAUUAUUACAUUCCAAUCGUGGGACUUAUCCCACCAGGUUUCAGUGAUGCCUAUUAUGUCAUAUUUAGUUUGCUGUACCAAGAGCUCAAGCUCAUCUUGUUUAUUUCCCAUGCUUUGCGCAUUAGUGUACAGACAUUGAAGUCCAUUAAUCAUUCCUCCGUGUCUCUUAUUUAAGGAUUUUUUCCUCCCACCACUAGGUCUGCGUGCUGUUUGCUCCAUUUGGUCUAUGGCAUUUGGAUGAUCAUCUUCAUCAAUUGAUAGACUCCUACCUUCAGGAGCACUGUCUCCCUCCCCACAUUAGUCAGUUUAAAGCCCUCCUGAUGAGGUUUCUGAGAUUUUUGGCAAAAACAUUUCUCCCAACUGUUGUGAGGUGCAGCCCAUCGCUUGCCAGAAGUCCAUCUUCAAGAAACUGCAGUCCGUGAUCUAAGAAUCCAAACCGUUCCUGUUUACACCAUUUGCGAAGCCAGCUGCUCACUUCCACUAUUUUUCCCUCUCUCCCUGGGCCACGUCGUUCAACUGGGAGGACAGAUGAGAUGACAAUUUGUGCAUUUAAUUGCAUCAAUUUCCUGCCCAGAGCCUCGUAGUCUCUUUUGAUCUUCUGGAGGCUAUUGCUUGCAGUGUCAUUGGUUCCCACAUGAACCAAGAGGAAGGGGUAUUUGUCAGUGGGUUUUAUGAUUCCUUGCAGUCGUUCAGUUACAUCUUGGAUCUUAGCCCUGGGAGACAGCACACUUCCCGAGACAUCUUGUCAGGCCCACAGAUCACUGCUUCUGUUCCCCUCAGUAGGGAAUCCCCUAUCACCACUACACGCCUCCUCUUAGGUUUGGUCAGGGUUCUUCCGUGAGCUGUCCAUUCCAAGGUCGCCUGCACAUUCCCUGAGGACUGACUUUGCUGCUCAUCUUCAUAUACCUGAUCGACUAUAAUGAGGGAGAGAUCCUCAAAUGGAGUCUGCUCUUCGUCUUCCAUGCUAGGGGAGAGGACCUCAAAGCGAUUGUGUAUUUCUAAACAAUCAUGCGAAAGGCUGGACUGGAUGAAUCCCAAGCCGGAAUUAAGAUUGCCGGAAGAAAUACCAACAACCUCAGAUAUGCAGAUGACACAACCUUGAUGGCAGAAAGUCAGGAGGAAUUAAAGAACCUUUUAAUGAGGGUGAAAGAGGAGAGCGCAAAAUAUGGUCUGAAGCUCAACAUCAAAAAAACGAAGAUCAUGGCCACUGGUCCCAUCACCUCCUGGCAAAUAGAAGGGGAAGAAAUGGAGGCAGUGAGAGAUUUUACUUUCUUGGGCUCCAUCAUCACUGCAGAUGGUGACAGCAGCCACGAAAUUAAAAGACGCCUGCUUCUUGGGAGAAAAGCAAUGACAAACCUAGACAGCAUCUUAAAAAGCAGAGACAUCACCUUGCCAACAGAGGUCCAUAUAGUUAAAGCUAUGGUUUUCCCAGUAGUGAUGUAUGGAAGUGAGAGCUGGACCAUAAAGAAGGCUGAUCGCCGAAGAAUUGAUGCUUUUGAAUUAUGGUGCUGGAGGAGACUCUUGAGAGUCCCAUGGACUGCAAGAAGAUCAAACAUAUCCAUUCUUAAGGAAAUCAGCCCUGAGUGCUCACUGGAAGGACAGAUCCUGAAGCUGAGGCUCCAAUACUUUGGCCACCUCAUGAGAAGAGAAGACUCCCUGGAAAAGACCCUGAUUUUGGGAAAGAUGGAGGGCACAACGAGAAGGGGAUGACAGAGGAUGAGAUGGUUGGAUAGUGUUCUCGAAGGUACCAGCAUGAGUUUGACCAAACUGCAGGAGGCAGUGGAAGACAGGAGGGCCUGGCAUGCUCUGGUGCAUGGGGGUCAUGAAGAGUCGGACACGACUAAACAACAACAACAAAGUGUUGGCUGCCACUUGGGUGAGAAUGUCAUGUAGAUGUCUUGAAGAACAUGUACCUGUGGGAUGCACAGAAUCCACUAUAAAGUGAUGUUUGUAUACAGUCCUACUCAGAAGUAAAACUCAUGUAGUUCAAUGGGGCAUGCUCCCAGACACUGGCAGACUGUAAGGUACCACUGUCGGGGGUAGGCACACAGGGCGCUCCCCUGAGUGAGGGACGCACUUGUGUGCCGCAACCCAGUAGAAGAGUCCACUCUGGGUCAGACCUUGGUCAGCUCCCUCAUGCGCUGGAGCCAGGCUCCAAUGAAGGAGCGUGUUGUGGGGGCACCUGGUUGCACCCCCUCCCAAAAUUGCACCCAGAACCGCGGGGGCCCUCAGCUCCCCCACACCAUGCCAUUGCUGCCAGACAAGUGGGUAUAACAUGGCAGUCUGAAUCUGGAGGAUGUUGUGGCUAUCAGCUUGGAUGACUUUAAAAGUGGUUUAAACCAAUGAAUGGAAACCAGUCAUGAUGGCUGCAUAUUAUUAUCUCCAGUAUCCGAGGCAUUAGGUCUUUGUUGCUGAGGUUGCCCUCAUGUCCUGCUUGUGGGCUUCCCUUUGGCACCUGACUGGCCACUGUGAGAACAAGAGGGCUAAAGGGGCCUUUGGUCUGAUCCAGCAGGUCUCUUCUCAUGUUCCUAAGCCUCCACAUGAAGACAAAACCAGUUGCCAGGAAAGCGCCAAACUCUUCCCUGAACCACCUGUCCCUCACUCUUUUUUCAAGAAAUGUAACAAGGCACCAAUUUCCUGAGGCAGCCAUGCUCGUCUGUCCAGGCAAAUCUUGUAGCAGUUCCAUAUCUAACAGACUGAUUACGGCACAAGCGUUGAUGGUCUUACAGUGUAAUUCCUAACAUGUCUACUCAAAACCAAGUCCUAUUAAACUGAGUGGGGGCUUACACCCAGGUGGGUAAGGCUAGCGUUGCAGCCUGAUUUAUAGACUGUGUUAGAGAGGGAGAUUCAUAAAACAAUGAAGGCAAGAAACCAUCUCUGACAGUUCUAUGCAAAGCUCAUCUUGCAUGCAAGAUAAGAACAAAAUGACCAGUACACACUGCAGUCUUUCUGAUGGAUUUACUAGUUGCAAUGGGAAGGAAACUCACACGAACCUGAUGGAAGCCAUAUUUAAAUAGCAUCCAAUUUGGUGAUGAAUUAGAGCCCAGCAGCUUCUCUUUGUAGUCUUUUUUUGCCGAAGAACCAUAGCACUCAGGUCAUCAGUGGGAGAGACUGUAAUGUUUUCCUACUGGUUCUGAAUGUCACACUUUAGGGAGGUCAAGUGUUGUGUUCAUUUAUCCUUUUGCAUAAGGUAGCCCUGUGUCUCGCCAUUCGCUCUGCUGAGUGACUCUGCUGGAGCCCCUUGCUCCACAGCCCUCAUUUCUCUUCUUCUUUGAUUCCCUUUGUCUCUGACAAAUGCAAAUCCUUCCUCUCUGCAUGCCAGGUUGUUAGUCCUUGGGCUUUUUCAUGAGUUACACUAAAAGUGCCUUGUAGUUUGGCAUGUGUCACUUGUGAACGUUGUUGUUGGAGCACUGAAAGCAGAGGAGAGCUACAUUCUAGACUAGUAGUUCCCAAACAUUUCUUUUUUUGGCAAUAGAUCACUCCCAAAUUGCUGAAGGUCUUAGCAGACUACUUAAUUAUUUUUCUGCCUGAUGUAGCAAUUGUAAUGUACUGUGCUACAUGCAAGAUGCUUUUAAAGUUGUUGUUUUUUGCUUUUUUCUAUUGUAUUAUACUCUAUUACAAUUUGAAUACCACAGGAUUCAAAGUGUAAUACAAUAAAGUGUGAUAUAAUAAAUACAUGAAGCAAUUAAUACAAUUAAAAAUUGUAAUUAAUUAUUACAAUUAAAAAUACAAUUAAAAAUCAACAUGAAUAUAUAAUGUGAUGGGUAUGACCUCUUCUGUCUUCAAUCAGAAAUUCGCAGACCACUAGAAAGAAGUUCAUGGACCACUGCUGUACCACAGUUUGAGAACUUCUGUUUUAGCCAGCGUGCUUUUUUGUUCCAAGAGGAUAAAUAAUGCAAAUGAGUCAUCUGGGUAUUGCAAACAGAUUGUUAGCAACAGGUAUAUUUUUUUAAAAAAAAUAAAUUGCUGGAUUUUCCAUGGAUUAAAUGGGGAAGGGGAAUUGGUUAGCACCCAUUUGCCUCAGGAGACAAUGGAGGAGUGUGCCUUUGGGUAUGAAGUCAAACUGUUGGAAGGUUGCAGCACCUGCUGUGGCUGUGGAGACCAAUGCGGGAGAGCUUUGUUUUGUUGCAGUUGGGGCAGAUGAAGGUGUCCAGUUGGGCUGCUGCACAUGCACCAGGGUGUUUCUUCUCUCUGCGCUCAUCCCAGUGGUCUUUCAUCCUCUGGAUACACAACCUGACUGACUGUCUCCAGGCGAUGUGGUUGCCUGCAAUGGAUUCUCACAGGGCAGGGUGCACGAGCAGCUCCAAUUCCACAAUAAAUGCCCAUCUGGAAGCACUCUAAAGAUAUAUUUGUACCUAAGUGCUAUUUAGGCCAAAUGUGAUAAUCAAAGAUGGUAUGUGUAAGACAGAGUUUGCAGAGUCUGUUGCCCAGCAGAUGUUGUUAGAUGGCCAAUCUAACAAUGUUAGAUUGGCCAUUGUUAUGUUGGUUGAGGCUGAUGGGCGUUGUAGCCAAAGAACAUCUGGAAGGCCGCAGUUCCCCACCCCACUGCAUCCCUGGUGCAAAAGAAAACUUAUGUAGCAAACUCAUUCUCCAAGGAUGGAUCUUUAUGCAGACAAAGCAGCAGCACUUAUCGGCAAGUAGGAGGUAUCAGCAGGAUUGAGAGGACACCAAUAUUUGAAGACUUAUAAUUAUUUAAAUAGAAUAGAGGGACCCUCCAAAACAGCCCCAUGAUGACGGGGCGUACUCAGUAGCCACAAAAAAACAGUGUCUGUUGGGCAGAGGAAAAACAGAAAAAAGUCAAAAUGAAAUGGAACAACGCCUGACUGGCUGACUCCCUGAGCAGCAUCCAUUCAAACGGCAACAUUUUGUUGCAGAUUCCACUUGUUGAGGUGAACACACAAGUUAUAGGUGCAUUUAAAUAGAUUGAUUUCAGUGGGGCUCAGUUCUGCAUUGGAUGUAGACCCUAAUGUCUGCUCUAGACCAGUCUUCACCAGUCUGGUGUACUCCAGAUGUUGAGGGUGAAGCUGAUGGGAGUUGUAGUCCAAUAACAUCUGGAGAGCAGCAAGUUGGAGAACGCUGCUCUGGACGAUGCGCUGCAGAAUUAUUUCUACAACAUAAACCUCGCCCCGCGUAAUCGAUCACAAGACGCGGCGAACAAUGCCCGUCCACUUUGGGGACUUUUAUUGGGGCGAGAGCUGAUUGUUACGCGAAGAGUCCCUGGGCGCCUCGGGCUCGCCUGCCCCGUCGGACUCCCUGCCCGGCUCGCCUCCCUCCGUGCGCUGCCUUGCGCGCUCCCUCCUCCCUCCCGCGCAGUCAUUGGCUGCAGCGCUGGAUGCUGCGCAGGCUGAGAGCCGAUUGGCCGAGAGGAGCGGGCUCCGGGGCGCCUUGCCUGCCUCCCUUGCCGGCUGUUGCUCGGCUGCGGAGCCUCGGAGUCCCGGCUCGCUCUCCGCCCUGCUGCUCCGGCGAGCCGCGUUCUUGCGGGGAAGGCGCUUCGGGGCAGGCUCGCUCUCGCCCUCUCGGGCUUCCCGGCCGAGGCGCGCUCCCCACGCAGCCGCCGCCACGCUAACUUCCCAGAGGUCCGGGGUCUCCUGCGGAGCCAGGUAGGGCGGCGAUCUUGCGGGAGAAGCCUCGGCGCGGAAGGGCAGGAGUCGCGAAACCGAGGCGCCCUUCGUGGCUGCCUCUUCCGCGGAUUCCCUUUCUUGCCCGCCUUUGCUUCGAGGAGCUCGAGGCGGCACCCCGGCCCUCCUUUGCCCCUUGCAGCAACCCGGUGAGGCACCGUAGUGGUUGCCGGGCGAGAGCAGAGCCCGUCUCGCUCCCGCGAUGCCCCUGGGCCAGGCGCUGCCUCUCCGGAAAGGUUUCUCGUGAAGACAAACUGGGGGGGGGGGGGGAGCCAUGUCCGUCAGCCCCUCGGAGCAGGACAGCCAUGUAACAAACACAAAUGAAGAGCAAGUCAAGCUCCCUGCCCCAGAGAGAUUGCAGUCCAGUAAUCCAAAGCCAGCAGUGUAGGAGGGGAGAGCAGAGGGACAUAGCUCAGUGGGUAGAGCAUGAGACUCUUAAUCUGAGGGUUUGGGGUUCAAGCACCACGUUGGGCAAAAUAUUCCUGCAUUGCGGGGGGGGGGGGGUUCGACUAGAUGAGCCUCAGGGUCCCUUCCAACUCUGCAGUUUUAUGAUGCAUCUCUGACAAUGACUCCCGUAAAAGCCUCAAGCAACUCACUUCAUCUUCUCAGGGGACACAUUUCGCCAAGCCGCAUGGUUUUCCCCUUUAGAGUAAAGGCCAAAGGCACCUCCAGGCAGCAGGACUUUUCUCCUCUGCUGAAUGGGGUUGGGGGGGAAAUGUUUGCUCUGGAGAAUUAAUGGAUCUCGGGGUGGGAAAUGCUGUAGGAGUUGACACACUGCUGCAGCACAGAGCUCCCCCCUCAAAAACAAACCCAUAUAUUGUAGGACAGGCAGCAGGAACCUGGUCCAAACAAUGAGACCAGAUAGGCAGGACACAGAUCCUGUCAACCGAUUCCUCCUUACUUUGGAAUCUACUUAAUGAAGGCAAUUGGACCUGUCAGACUGAAUUUCACUGUCCCGAAGGGGAUGACCUUCCUUCACUCCCACAGCUCCGCCAAACAUGGGGAAACCACCAAGAACUUCAGCUUGGUUCUUGCAAACAAGGAGCAGAUGAUGUUGCAAGAAUAAUAAAGCAGAGGGCUUAGGGAAAAGAAAAAGUGUGGGGAUGGGGGGCACCGAGGCCACACGGAUGGAGCCUGCUGGUGCUUGCCUGGCUUUGUGAGCCGGUCUGUGUUUCAGAUGGGUUUUUGGUAUAUGCAGAUUCAAGUGAUUGUAUGUGCAUGCACAAGUCUGGGGCUCUAGACAAGGUGUCGGAGAGCAUGAGUACACACCACUUGCAUGCAUAGGCAAAAUGUGUGUCGCAGUGAAAAUGUGAAGUCAACUUAUUCCAUGCACAGUCAGAUGAGUGUGCAUUACAUGCUGGCUUAAGUGUUUUAUAACUAUCCACCUGAGUACUUGUGGGCACAGAUUUUAGAAGUAGGGAAGAGGUUUAGAGGCAGCACAAACAGCAAUAAGUCCCAAGUUUAAUUCCUGACAUCUCCAGGGAGGACUAGGAAAUAUCUCUGUCUGAAAACCCAGAGAGCUGCUGCCCAUUGGAUCAGUGAUGUGAUUUGGUGUAAGGCAGAUUCUUGUGUUCCUCCGUAGAGCCAGUGUGGUGUUGGAGUGUUGGACUAGGAUUAAAAAAACCUGGGUUCAAAUCUCCAGUCAGUCUCAUUCAGCUGCGCUUACCUCACAGGGUUGUUGUAAAGUGAAAAGGCAUGUGUGUGGGGUGAGUAGAAUAUAAGAAACUUGGAAUAUAAAUAUAAAAAAUAAAGCAAGGGUUUAUGUGUAGGGAAGAUGUGAUUUUAAAAGGGCAUUUUGAAUUAAGGCAUAUGUAGAAUAAUUAGGAUCUUAUUUAUUCAGAUUUUUCGAUCUGCCUUAUUAAAAAAACUCAAGCUUAGUAUUUCAACAUUUAGGUCAGAAGGAACUUGUAUGUACAGUGGUACCUCUGGUUGCAAAUGGGAUCCGUUCUGGAGGCUCGUUCGCAACAUGAAAAGCCCGCAACCUGAAACGCCAUAUCGGUGCAGGUGUGUGGUGCAAUUUGGUGCCUGUGCGCAUGCGCUUGUGUGCAUGCGCAAGUGGUGAAACCCGGAAGUAACCCUUUCCGGUACUUCCGGGUCGCUGCGGGACGCAACCUGAAAAAACGUAACAUGAAGCAAACGUAACAUGAGGUAUGACUGUAUUCUUAAAUGAUUUUAUUUCUUUAAGUGGAUACAAUAAUGCUAAUUAAGAUCUUAUGUCACUCUGAUGUGUGUGCCUAGCUGUAACAGUACACAUGAAAUGGUAUUGUGGGGACAUGCAGGGUUGCGCAUGACUUGCACAUAAUUAUGGGAAUUCAUAAGUGUGCAGAACUAUGAGGAAGUUACGUGAUCAACCAAGAGAGAAAGUGUCUGCUUGAGACUGUGAAAUAUGUGUGCCGACAUAUUUGCAAGUGCGUUAUCAUGAGUGGGUGUGAAAGUAUGGACAUUUACAUUAGCAUAAGCAGGGCUGCUUAUGUGCAUGACUUUGCUCGGGGAGUAUUGGAUGGGCGUGCAAGGUUCUUAAUGGGUACGUGGACAUUAUUUGGAUGUAGGGCAUUCAAGUACACAUUGAAUAUGGGCACAAAGCUAUUGCUGCAGGCAGUGCAAGAUUCCACGGGUUCCAUCACUCAUCUAGGGUUUGUGUUUCCUUUGGGAAAUGAGGCACAGCAGAGACUGUGGUGUCUUUAUGAUAUAUGGUUCUGUUACACAUAUAUACAAACCUAUAUGGAGAGAGUACAUCCCCAAAAGGGCUUAUUUCUUCCAUACUCAGCCUUGGAUUCUAACAUAAAUCAAACAUUGUGCUCUGCCUCUCUGACUUUACAGAGAAGCUCAACUGCAACUCUGGCUUUGUCCUUCUAACUAUCUAAGAGCUGGAGGAGGGGCCCAACUCAGUUGUCAUCUGGCACAGGGUCCCCUCUCCUUUGCUCUCUUAAUGGCACUUUGCCUUUCUGUUGCUCUCCCAUAAUGGCCCAGGCAAUUACCUUUGUUCUUCUGUAAUGGCCCAUCACUCAGGCAAAAACACAGAAAACUAGCCUGGCUGAUAUUUUAACCCUUGCUGGGUCCAGGGGCUCAGGAUCAGUCUGGCACCCACAAACUCAUUACCCUGUAUUUCAUAAUAUGGGGUAUGGGUGUGUGAAUCUGAGUGUGCAGAGGGGUAUUUGCAGAGCCAGCAUGGGAAUGUAGGUCACCAUCCGAGGGCCAGAGUAGAUGUGACAUUUGUCAUAAGAUCUUAAGAACAGCCCUGCUGGAUCAGGCCAAAGGCACAUCUCGCCCAACAGCCUGCUCUUUGAGGAGUCAGGGAAUACCGGGUGGGGGGCCCUCCAGCGUGCUUCUUUCCUGCUCACAGGCUUCCUAUAAGCACCUGACGCCCAGUGGUGUAAGUAGCACACAACCAUGAUAUCUGGUAGCCACUUGGUACAUCGCUUGAGCUUGCGCAGCUGAUUUUUGUUUAACAAGUAGUUGGUGUAGAGGGACCCCCACAAGAUGGAUUGGGACCAGGGCGUGGGGAGUCUAAACCUUUGCCCCUGCUGUGGUCCCAGCGGGAACCAAGGCCUCCUCAGUGUUUAUUUGCAGUGGGAGGGAAGCUGCAGUCAGGGCUGGCAGGAGUUUUCCUUACAGUGUGAAUAGAAAAGGAGCUGAAUCUAACUGGCACCAGGGCGGAGUAAAGAGUUAAAGUUGUUGCAUCACAUUCCCAGUCUGACCUGCCUCCAGCGCUGGCUAAUUUUUAAACAAAAAUCAUAUAGGCAAGGCCUAAUGGUGUGAAAAAAUUAUAAUUUGGCUCUGAGAUCUGUGUGGGUUGGUAUAAUUAUCCUAGUAAUUUUUUUGGGGGGGGGGGGAGAGUUUUGUGCCUAUGCCUUUUAACUCUGAUACAUAAGCAGAUAUAUUUUUUCACAACAAUAGGCCCUCAGAUGGUGGCCUAAAAGACAUCCAGGUCCUUUUGAGGAAUCAUCACACAGAACCUGAAACAUACCCCCCACUCACUAUUUUUUUUAAUUUUAUUUCUUUUAAGCUGAUUCUAAUAUUAUAUUUUAAAUUGCUGUAACCCUUCAUGGGACCUUUGGGUGAAGGAUGUGUAAGAAACUGAACAACAACUACUACAAUAAUAGUGCAUACUAAGUUUCAGCUUAGGAAGGAAACAGGAAGUGGGCAGAGAGAAGUUUUUCUUUGUGUCUCAUAAAACUAAAGCCCAAGGCUGUCCAAGGAAGCUGAAUAGUUGGAGAAUAGUGGGACAGAUGAGGGUGAUUUCUUUCUUUCUUGGAUUAAUACCUCACUUUUCCUCCCAAGGGGCUCAAGGGGGCCUAAAUGGCUCUUCCUCCUCCCCAUUUCAUCCUCACAACAACCCUGUGAGGGAGUUUCGGGUUGAGACGCAGCGAGUGGCCUGGAGUCACACAGGGAGCUUCGUGGCUGAGUGAUUAUUUAAACCCUGUUUUCAACACUCGAACCCACUGGGUGUCAAAGGGUCUGGCAGGAGAGGAUGGCAAAUGUGGCGGGAAAAUUCAAGGACAGAAACAUUUAAACAUUUCAGUGUAGAAUAGGGGAGUAGAGUAUCACAAUAUUUAUUUUUAUUUUCAGAAUAUGGAUAGAUAUAUUUUCAAAUCCCCUUUUAAAGCAGGGGGAGGUGAUGGGCACCAAAUUUAGUGACUUUAAAGGGGAAUUAGACAAAUCUAUGAAAUGUAAGAUUACCAGUGGCUGCUUGCCACAACGGCUGUGUACUAUGUCCAGUGCAGGCAGACCCCCCUUUUACACAGGUGUAAAAGGCACCGUACAUGUCGGUGAAAUCAUAUAUAAUUGAAACCCAGUGAAAAUUAGCCUGCAAAUACUGUUUGGCACUGCCCAUGCCCCACCCUUUGGGUGAUGCUUCAGUGAUGUGUUUAUGACGUUCCUGGGUCACUUCUGGGUUUGGCGCGUUGUGUGUGUACACAGUUGCACACAUAUUGAACAAGGGACCACUGUACUGAAGGCAGUGGGCCUCUGGAUAGCUGUGCUGGGACUCACAAGUGGAGAAGUUCUUCACAGUGACCCAGGUUCAAAUCCCUAAUCAUUUCCCCAGGACACUGUGUGGUCUUUAAAUGUGAGGUAAGAACGCUCAAGUUCCACUUUCUGCACUGAAACAAGACAUAAGCAUGCAGCCAGUUGUGAGGUGGUCUCUGCGAGAUUUGGAGUGUGCACCUAGACAUAUGUCCAUCUCUCAUAAGAAGCUGCCUUGCGCAAAGUCAGGGCAUUGGCCACCCUGCUCAGGACAGAAUUGUCCAUGCCAGGCAUGUAGAACCUCGCGUCUCCUCCCAAGGCCAGCCUCUACCCAGCUGUGCUCUGCGCUCCCCAAGUGAUUUUUGCUUGGCUGGACUGUAUCCUGGAGCUGCUAAGCAUGCCAUUUGCCUGCCUCUAUGGAGGACCGACAGAUUGGAUGCUUAGAGGCCUCUGACGUUUGUGUGACUGGAAUGGGUACAUUGCGCAAAGGAAGAGGCACAUCCAUUGGUCCACACACAUUUGCCUCUGGCAUGCAGCCCCUUAAAGUUGCACACAAGGGGAUGUGGCUCUCAGGCCAAAGAAGAGGGAUUUACUUCCACAUAUUGCAUUUAAGAUUGGAGAAUUUUAGCAAUCAGCAGCUUCCCCAAACCUGACUACAGCCAGCCAUAGACCAAAUUAUCUGGGGGGUGCCAGGCUGGGGAAAGGCUGGCAUCUUUCUGGAAGGGAGCGAACCUGGUAGCCUCCAUGGUAGAAGCUGGGGGAGAUUCAGGUGUCUUUGCAUGUGCAUCUGAGAAAGAACCUGGCGGAAAUGUGCAUGUAUGGUUUUGAGUCGUUAUCUGCAGGGAUGUGAAGGAGUUGGAUUGCUGUGAGUGGGUGCAUAUCCACGUGGCUGUGCCUGCAAACAUGUGAGUGGAGGAGAAGCAUGAGGCCGUGUGAGCUUGCCUGGGGGGUUGCAUACUGAGCCUUUUUGUUGCUGCUGUUUCCUGACAGGAACAUUUUGACCUGACCGUCAUCCUGGCUCAGGUGAUUGCUUUCCUGUAGAUGGGUGGUCCAUAUUAAUGGAAAGGCCCUUUGGUGGCAGUCAGGCCCCCACCUCUUUGGCCUCUUCCUCUGACUCCUCUGCUUCAGCUCUGCAAACGGGAGAGGGAGCUUUUUCUUGGGGAGGCUGUGCAGGCACGUUUAAAGGGAAGGUCUGGAAUGUCAGAAGGGCGGUGCUGUGGGAAACACUCCAGGGACAUGAGUGGGGGAACCAAGGAGUUCUGGCUUUGCUUCCUACGGCUUGCUUCAGAGACCUCCCCUUCAACUCUCCUCUCUGUGCAAGUCCUUGCUUAGCCAGGACUGCAAAAUGUCUUUUAUUCCAUGUGACCCGCCCGCCAAAACUCCCACACCCCGUUCUGCUGUUCUUUAUCUUGGCAUGUUGACUGGGAUUACAAGCAAGGCAUGUUAUGCUCUUCCUCUGAAAGGGAUGUCUCAUUUCUUGUUUUUCGAGGCAUUUAAAAAAAUAACUGAAGCAACAGUGAAUGAAACGGCAUGAAUUCAACAGUUAGGGAGAUGCGCUUGCCGGCCUAGGUGAGUCUGUAUGCAAGAAGGGGUUUGGAUUAGCUUGGCUACGGGGAAAGGCUCAAGCGCCUGAAGGUUUUUUUUAUGACAGAGGUUUUUUUAAUUUCAAAGUAUGCAGAGAGAGUGACACUCCCCCCCCAUUCGUUUCUCAUAACAUCUCCAUUGGAGCUUAUUGCUGCUGGUGCUGCUGUAGUGACAUUUGUAUUUUGCCUUUCCUCCAAGGACUUCAAGGUGGCCUGCAUGCCGCUGCUUGCGCUCUGUUUUAUCCUCACAACCACCUGGUGAAGUAGGCUAGGCGGAGAGGCAGUGACUGGCCUAAGGUCACCCAGUGAGCUUCAUGGCUUAGAGUACAGCAAAAGCAAGAGCUUCUGGAAACAGUGCGCAAUUAACUCAGUGGAACAAGGUGUGGGCAAUAGCCUGUAAAUUAGAUGGCUUUGAAGAGGAUUAAGUAAAUCUUGUCAACACCUGCAGUAGAACCUCCAGGUUAACAGGCAAUAUAUCUCUGAAUAUCAGGCACUGGGGGCAAAUGAGUUUGUCAGUUCCCCAGAGACCUCUGGCUGAAUGCUUUUAGAUGCAGGUUAGUGGAGCAGCUAGACCUGUAGUUAGAACUAGUUGGGCAGUUCUUAUGCCCUGAGACUAUUUAAUUAUGGAACUGGUGUUCAAAAGUCUGGAUAGCUGUCCAUGCAGCUAAUUAAGCAUCAUCCCUUGCUGUUGUUCAUCCCAUUUGCAGACAUGCACACUUUAUUUCUCUCUCAUACACGUGCUUUUAGAGACAAAACAGCAUUUUUGCAAACACCCACAUAUUCUGGCAUGCAGGAGAAGCUAUCUUCUGGAGUGAUGUCCAGGUUAUGGAAUUCCCUUCGCUUGGAGGCCUGAUUGGUCUGCUCCUUAUUGACAUGUAUGGACAGUUAAGAACUCUUGGUUCCAUUUAGGGGUGUCAGAGAAUUCUGAGGGAAAUGGGAACAGAAAUUGCCAAUGUUUGCUUAUGCAUCCAAUGCCCAGAAUGAUAAUCAAUCCCAUCCCUCCAGCCCCCCUAAUUUGCCUGGGUGAGAUAAUAUCAUGCCAAUGUGGUUUGAGUAACAUGUAAUUAAUUACGUAAUUUACGUUAGUUAUGCAAUUUUGCCACAGUGGAUGGCAAGACUAAGAAUGUUGGUUUUGGAGAUGAACGGCAGCAGAACGGAAAGAGUGCUGCAGGUGGCAAACGCAGGACACAAUGGAAACUGAUUCCUUCGUACAUCCCUAGUUCCACUGCACCUUCAGUUAUCUCUGCCCCAAAUAACUGUAUGAUCCAUGGGCUAGAUUUAACUAUAAUCCAGUGUGCUACGGAAACCAGCACUCCCCCCUCCCCAGUGCAAUGGGGAUUUCUCCCUCUACAAAGCAGAUGCUCCAGCACUGAACAAUGGUAACCUCCUGUUCAAGGCAGAGGACAAACAAUAUUUCAUGAGAUUUCAUGAGACUCUAUUCUGUCUUUGUCAGGCCACACCUGGAAUACUGUGUCCAGUUUUAGGCACUGCAAUUUAUGAAGGGGAUUGACAAAGUGGAAGGUGUGCAAAGGAAAAGAUGCAAAGGAAAAGGUGUGGAAAAGGUUGAGAGAGUUGGGUAUGCUUAGAGGAGAUGGCGUGAAGAUAUGAUAGCCAUCUUCGAAUACAUCAGAUUGAUGAGGUAGCAAGCUUGUUUUCUCUUGCUUUGGAGGCUAGGACUCAAACCAAUGGAUUCAAGUUACAAGCAAGGAGAUUCUGACUAAACAUCAGGAAGAACUUUCUGACAGUAAUUGGUGUUUGACAGUGAAAUGGUCUUCCUCAGGAAGUGGUGGACUCUCCUUCCUUGGAGUUUUUUAAGCAGAGGGUGGAUGGCCACCUGUCAUGGACGCUUUCACUGUGAUUCCUGCAUUGCAGGGGGUUGAACUAGAUGACCCCUAGGGAUCCCUUCCAACUUUGUUAUUCUACAAUUCCUAACAGAUGGCUCUCCAGCCUCCUAUUGGAAUCCUUCCUGGAAGGAGAUUAUUAUGCAACCUCCCUAUAAUGCAUCUUUCAAAAGAGAGAGAAGAGCUCUUCGCUCUUGCCAAUCGCUCACGCUUUGCUAAGCAACUCUUUCCCAUAUCCAGAAUCUCUCCCAGGUUACCAGGAGCAUUUUACACCCACAUGCUUCCCCAGCCAUGUGCUGCUUUCUGCUGCCUGAGUCAGGCCGGAAUCUGAUGCAUCCAUUGCGCACGAGUCGCAGCCGCCUUCCUGCCACUGUCUUCCUUGGAUCUGGGAGUGCUUUAGGGCAGGAUCUUGGUCAGCUUGGAAUUUGGGAGAGGCAUGCUGCCAGGAUUCCUCACCUGCUCACAGUCGAGCUGCUGGGUUGCAUCCUCCCUCCCCUCUUUCUAAAGGGCAGAAUUCAAUCUCAAACUACUCUUGUACCACUCACAAGUAGGAGUGGAAGAAUCCCUCUGUUUUUUGGUCCAUAUAGCUUUUGCAUAUAUUCAUUCACAAGUCUGUUUUUGCCCAUUUCUGUGGUGUAUUUUUAAUUUGCACAAAAAUUCACAUUUCAGUAUGUAUUUUUAAUGGCUUUUCUCUCAAAAUAAGCAUUUUGAUAUAUUUCAUGAGCUGAGAACUGUGCUAGAGCAUUUGGAACAGGCAGCAGCUGGUGGGUAACCAAGUUCCACAUUAGUCCAGGAGGUGCUGAUCUGGUUACCGUAUUUUUCACUCUAUAGGACGCACCGGACCAUAGGACGCACCUUGUUUUAGAGGAGGAGAACCAGAAAAAAAAAUUCUCCCCCUCUCUGCUCAGCGCCCCUUCAGCGAAGCGGCAGGAGAAACAGAGCCCCUUCUAUUUCUCCUCCUGCUUGGCUGAAGGGGCGCUGCACAGCUCUCCCUCUCUGCUGAAGCCAGGAGAGUCUUGCUCUCCUGGCUUCAGCAAAAGGAACCUGAAGCCUGCCGAGUGCAGCGGGAACUUACGCUGUGCUCCGAAGACUUCAGGUGGCUAUCCCUGAAGCCUGGAGAGCGAGAGGGGUCGGUGCGCACCGACCCCUCUCGCUCUCCGGGCUUCAGCAAAAGCAAUGCGAAGCCUCCAGAGCGCGGAGGGAGCGCUCCCUCUGCGCUUCAGAGGCUUCACGUUGCUAUCGCUGAAGCCAAAGAGCCUGCAUUUACUCCAUAGGAUGCACACACAUUUCCCCUUAAUUUUUGGAGGGGGAAAAGUGCGUCUUAUAGAGCAAAAAAUACGGUAGUUCAUAUCAGAAUUUACAAAGCUCAAACUUCUUGGGAAUCCCUGAUUACUCUAUGGCAGGAUUCCCAGGUAGCACCCCCAACCCCCCCCCCCCAAAUUGAUUCAUAUAUAACUGAAGAGUUGGAAGGAACCACGAGGGUCAUCUAGGCAAGUCCCCUGCAAUGCAGGAAUCUUUUUGCCCAACGUGGGGUUCAAACCCAUGACCCUGAGAUUUAGUCUCGCUUGCUGUACCGACUGAGCUAUGCAGUUGGCCAUUCUACACUGACAGGCAACAGUUCUCCAGGGUUUCACGUGGGGAAUCUCUCUCAGCCCUACCUGGAGAUUCCAGGAUGGAGUCCAGGACCUCCUGCACAGCAUAUGCGCUAUGGCCAUUGAGCUACAACUACGGAGACAAUGUUUGUAUUUGGGACCAAGUGGCUCUCGCACAGGAACCAGGUCACCCCUGAGAAGAGGCUGUUACACUCUCAUUGAGGGGACUCUCCGCAGGGCAUUGUUUGCCAGCCUUAAAGGACGAGGGCUGAGCAACACCUGACCCAUUCCAAGUCAGACCAUUGGGCCAUCCUGCUUGGCCUGAUCCAGACUGAUUGGCAGUGGUUCUCCAGGAUCUUCAGGGAGGCAGAACUCUCUCAGCCCCACCUGGAGGCGGAAUCUGGAGCCUUCAGCCUGAGAAGCAGUUGUUCCAGUGCUGAGCAAUGGCCGAAAGAGAUCACUCAAGAACAGGGUCCUUCAUCAGCCACAUUCUUUAUUGUCAAAGCCAUUAGAACAUAGCAAAACUUCGUAUGACAGAAAAUUGUUCCAGUGCAGCAAAAUUGUUAUCUCCAUAGCAAUGGGUUUGCCUCCAUGAAAAAAUCGCCUUUGUUUUUCUACACUUUUAGUAUUUGAUCUUAGAAAAGGGUAUUCUUACAGGUUGACUUGCCCUGUAGUACGCAGCAUGGCUCACUUAUGCAAGUCAUCUAGAGUGACCUGCUGUGCUGGCUCCAUUCUGCAGUUUACCCAAAUGGCAAUCUGCAUUGUGCCAUACGGGAUUUGUUUUGUCCAGGCUUGCUGUAGCUGAAAAGAAAUUAUUUUAAUUUUGAAGUACAAUGGUAUCUCGGUUUUCGAACAUAAUCUGUUCUGGAAGACUGUUUGAGAUCUGAAAUGUUCAAAAACUGAGGCGCAAAGAGUGGUCUGCAAAUUUAAUAGAGAAAAUUGAGAAAAAUAACAUAUACACUCAGUGGAAGCCGUUCAACUUCUUUUUUUUAAUAUAAUUUUUAUUGGUUUUCCAGUUUUUACAAUUUUUGACAUCCUAAAAAAAGAACAUUUUAUCCCUUGCUCUGCCGAGCUUUUGACUUCCCUCCCUCCAUCUUCUGGUUUUUUAUAUCACAUUUAUAUUUCCCCACAUUUUUUACAUUUCGAUCCUGAUUCUACCUUAUAUUAUUAAACACUUUAAUCACACAUAGAAUGUCUCUUAUUACAAACGUUGUGAGAUUUAUCUCAGUCCUGCCAAGUGUCUUUAUAUGUUCUCUCUAUAUAAUAUAACUUUACUCCAUUCUCUCUGGAACGCUUGGUCGCCCUGGUUCCAGAUUCUCCGGGUCAGCUUUGCCAGUUCCGCAUAAUCCAUCAUCUUCGCCUGCCAUUCUUCCACAGUUGGUAACUCCUGCUGUUUCCAUUUUUGGACUAAUAAAAUUCCAGCAGCGGUUGUUGCAUACAUAAACAAAUUUUUAUCAGCUCUUGAUAUUUCCCCUCCUACCAUUCCUAACAGAAACACCUCCAGUCUCUUUGGGAGUGUGUACCUAAGCAUCCUUUUUAAGUCAUUAUAAAUACUAUCCCAGAAUAGUUUAACUUUGUCACACAUCCACCACAUAUGAUAAAAAUCUCUAUCUUUAACCUUGCAUUUCCAGCAUUGCUUAUUGCUUGUUUUAUACGUUUUUGCUAGUUUAGUAGGGGUCAAAUACCAUCUAUACAUCAUUUUCAUUAUAUUUUCUUUCAAUGUCAUGCAUGCAGUAAAUUUCAUACCCUUAUUCCAUAGCCUUGCCCAUUUGUCAAAAUCAAUAUUAUGCCCAAUGCCAAUUGCCCAUUUUAUCAUUACCUCCUUAAUUUCCUCAUCUACAUCAUUAAUUUGAUGAUAUUGUAGCCAACAUGUUAACAUAUCACAUAUUUCAUCAUAUGAUUUCAGUUUUAACACUUUAUCCCUUUCCCUUAUCAACUCCCUAUAUGUAGGCCAAUUACCUUUCAUAUUUAACCUCUUGACUGAAAUUGCCUCUGCUGGCGAAAUCCACCAUGGUGUUUUACGUUCUAGUAAUUCUUUGUAUUUAAUCCAGACUUCAUACAGUGGUUUUCUUAUUGCAUGAUUCAGGAAGCCUCUGUGAACUUUAAAUUUAUCACAAAUAUGCGUGCCACCCAUAUCUAUUUUCAUAACCUUCUAAAUCUAAUAUGUCUGUAUUUUCUAAUUUCAUCCAAUCCCUUAACCAUGUCAAGCAUGAUGCUUCAAAAUAUAUCUUUAACUCUGGCAGCGAGAAUCCGCCUCUUUCUUUUUUAUCUGUAAAAGUUUAUAUUUUAUUCUAGGUUUCUUCCCCUACCAGAUAAAGCUUGACAAUGCUUUUUGCCAAUCUUUGAACUGUCUUGUUCUACUAAUCACCGGGAUUGUCUGAAAUAGAAAUAACAUUUUGGGUAGUACAUUCAUCUUUAUCACAGAGAUUCUUCCCCAAAAUGACAAUUUCUCUUCCAACUUCUGUUCAACUUCUGAGGUGUGUUCGAAAACUGAAGCAUUUACUUCCAGGUUCACAGUGUUUGAGUUCCGAAACGUUUGUCAAUGGAGAUGUUCAAAAACAGAGGUACCACUGCAUAUGCUCUCUGAGAGCAUAUUGUUGUUUUUGGAGACCUGAUAUACUUUAAAUUUGUAAGUAUCAGAGCAGCAACAGCAACAACAACUGAGAAAGAACUGAAGUGAAAUAACUGGAAAUAAGCCGAGCAUUUACCCUUUAAUCUAAAAACCUGUAACAUCUACCUGAAGUGAAGUAACUGAACAUAAGGAACUGAAGUUUAAAAGAAGCUGUGCUUGAUUAGAAGUCCAUAAUAUCAGUUAGAUUUAGUAUAAAUAUUAUUAGGUGAACUGUUACCUGCAAUAACAUUAUAAUCUGAAGUAUCCUUUGUUUGAUCCACUUUGUGUCAUAAACUUCCUUUGUGUAAUAAAAUCUUUCUUGUUUAUUUGACCAAAUCCUGCCUGAGACUCCAAAUCAUUAAGUUUUCCCUCACACAAGUCCGCCAGUCGAUAAUCUGGGGCAGUUUGUAGAAUUUCAUGUAACUGGUGUACCGUGAGGUGGUCUCACUAUAUCUAAGUGAGGGCCAGCCCAACGGCACCAGGGUGGGAAAGGGCUCUUGUGCCGUCGCAGCCGCACCUCCAGGAAGCAGGCCUGGUUCCCUUGAGCCAGUGCGAUGGGAACCAAGUGUAAGAGCUGCACUGGGCAGACCUUGGCUCAGAUCCCAGAGGCCCCCGGAGGCCGAAGGGGCUGCUGCUUGGCCAGGGCCUCCCCAGACCUGGAGCUGCCCCAGGCAGCUAGCUGAGUUCUGCUGCUCGGCCCAUGGAAGAACCAGAUGGUGUCCUCCAUCUGCUGUGAACGAAAGCCUCCAUCAACCCUCAUUCUUGGUCAUAGUGGAUGGAGCUGCUGUGAGUUGUACUUCUGUUCCCCUCUCACUUCAUGUGGGCUACCCCUGCUGUAUCCUUUCAGCAGGGGCGAAACUAGGCUUUAUUUCACCCGGGUCAAAGACCCAGAUUGGCACCCCCAAGGCACAUAUGCAAACACACACAUAUAGGCUGGGAGCCUCAAUGGCGCCCCCGGAGGCUUCACCUGGGGCAAAAACCCUGGUUCAACGCCCUCCUGCCCCCGGCACUGCUUUCAGCUCUACUGCCUCUGAACAGGUGCCCACUUCAUCGCUCUAGCUCUUUCCCAGAUCCCUUGGGGCUGCCUUCCUCUGCAAUGGAUGGAGCUGUAUCUUUGCCAUGGAAACAGAACAGGGAGUCCUGCUGUGUCACCAUCCCUCAGGUUUUUGCCCUCUCAGAGCCUCCGCUUUGGCACAGCUUCCAGAUGCCUCCUCCCAGAAUUGUGGUGGGGCUAAAUUGAGAUAACCCCCAUGUUUGCCAUUCCAAGCUCCUUUGGAGGAUGGGCAGGAUGAAAAACCUCUGACUGCUACUUUUAUGUAACUGGAAGAAAACUAAACAGCAGGAUAAGCAAGGGUGGUGUGGUGGGGGAUCAAAAUAUUAAUCAAGAUGACAAUUUCUGCCUCUCUAAAAUGGGAUAAUAAAGGCGACUUACUUUUGAGUAGACAUAGAUAGGAUCUUGCUGAAAGAGAACCUCAGUCAGGCAGUAAACAGUCAGGAUCUUUGUAAUAAGAACUUUAUUUGAACCUGUCCUUCUGCGCUUCACCCCUGAAGCUGAUUAAAUGCUGCAGUUCAACCCUGAAGAAUGAUGGGCUCCCUGAGCAAGCCAAGAGUGCUUUUUCCUUCACCACUAACUACGCCUAGCCUCCAAACAUCCAGGCUCAUGACAGCAGUGCCUCUUAUUCUGAAAUUCAGUGCUAGAAAUGUGUCGAUUUUUUUUUACUAUUGCACCAUGAGUAAUUGUUGUUGUUUAGUCGUCUUAGUCGUGUUCGACUCUCUGUGACCCCAUGAACCAGAGCAUGCCUUGGAAACGCUCACUUUCUUCUCAAAGCUUCUCCUUUUUUAUGUCUGUGGAGUUUUCUUGGCAAAAUACUGGAGUGGUUUGCCAGUUCCUUCUGGCUCUGUUCUGACUGGCAUCAGUUUUCCAGGGUUUUGGCAUUUCUCUUCCCUACCUGGAAAUGCCAGGAAUUGAACCUGGGACAUUUUAAUGCAAACCUGUCUUCUACCACUAUAGCUACAAACCCUAAACAGAGUACAUGGUAAAAAUAUAGCUUAAAAUACAUUUAGUUUGGGGUCUGCCUUGUUGCAAGUGAAGAUACGGAGUAUUUUAAUGGUAUUCUGUUUUUGACAUCUUAAACAAAACAAAACAAAACGAAAGAGAUGUUUCUGAACAAAAAGUAGUCCUAGUACCUUCUGCUUUUAUAUUCCUGGUUUUAUUUAUUUUAAGCCACCCAUUUCCUGACAGCAAGAGCCACUUCAGGGACUGUUGCAGUCGGGAGACUGUGAUUACGGGGCCGGCUGACAGGUCCUUUUGCUCUGUGCAAUCAGUUCUUGCUGAUAGCUGGUUUGUUCUCUCUCUUUCAUUAGAGGAAGUGGAGCUCUUGACUUUUUGUUUCAAGCUGGGUCUGCGUGUGCGCAGAUAAGUUUCAUGCUGCUCCUCUUUGCAGCUCAACUCAUAGCCGCUAUCGAGAAGGUAGAUUUGGUGCUAUCAGAUGGAUUUAUUAAGCCCACCAGAGGGUUCAGUUCUAAUCAGCUAAAUUCUGACAGGGAAAAAAGCAGGCGUGGGGGCUGCCAGGGAGACAGCUAUAAAUACAAGCAGUUUCUUCUCAGAGCACAAAAGGAGCCAUCACGGGGAAAGGAGUUGGCAGGGAAGGGCUGUGAUGCUGCCACGGAAGCAGGUGCUGCUCACGUAGGUGGAAAAUGGGUAAAGUCAAAGGAGAAAAGAGGGAGUGAGAGAGGGGAAGCAGAAAUACAGCUUAUUUAUUCCAUAACAUGGAGAAGGGAAAUGUGUGGUGAAUUUAUUAUUGGAAGUUAUGAAUACCAAACAUACUAUUUGAUAUAAUAAUAAUAAUAAUAAUAAUAAUAAUUUAUUAUUUGUACCCCGCCCAUCUGGCUGGGUUUUGCCCGCCACUCUGGGCGGCUUCCAUAUAAACCAAAAAUACAGUAAAAUAUCACAGAUUAAAAACUUCCCUGAACAGGGCUGCCUAAAGAUGUCUUCUAAAUGUCAGGUAGUUAUUUAUUGCUUUGACAUCUGAUGGGAGGGCGUUCCACAGGGCGGGCGCCACUACCGAGAAGGCCCUCUGCCUGGUUCCCUGUAGCUUUGCUUCUCGCAAUGAGGGAACCGCCAGAAGGCCCUCGGCGCUGGACCUCAGCGUCCGGGCAGAACGAUGGGGGUGGAGAUGCUCCUUCAGGUAUACUGGGCGGAGGCCGUUUAGGGCUUUAAAGGUCAACACCAGCACUUUGAAUUGUGCUCGGAAACGUACUGGGAGCCAAUGUAGGUCUUUCAAGACCGGUGUUAUAUGGUCUCGGUGGCCGCUCCCAGUCACCAGUCUGGCUGCUGCAUUCUGGAUUAGUUGUAGUUUCCGAGUCACCUUCAAAGGUAGCCCCACGUAGAGCGCAUUGCAGUAGUCCAAGCGGGAGAUAACUAGAGCAUGCACCACUCUGGCGAGACAGUCCGCGGGCAGGUAGGGUCUCAGCCUGCGUACCAGGUGGAGUUGGUAGACAGUUGCCCUGGAUACAGAAUUGACCUGUGCCUCCAUGGACAGCUGUGAGUCCAAAAUGACAAAAUGAUAUGUAUAUUAUGAGUAUUAGUAUUUAUUUUGUAGAUUUAUAAACUUCUUAAUGGCUAAAAACUACUGAAGUGGUGUAUGAUAAAAUAAAAUGAGACAGAAAUACCAAAGAUAAACUCUUAAUAAACAGUAAACUCAUCUCUAUGAUGGUACAGUUCUUAUUCCAUAAAAUGACUCAGCCACACUUCAGGAAAGGCCUUAUUAAGCAAAAACAUAUUUAGUAGCUGCCUAAAUAUCAGGAUCCCCUUCAUGGAUCACUGCCUUGCUGUGGCGAAGGGGCGUGAAUAACUCAGAGAAGCUAUGAACUAUGCCGAGCAGGGCACCCAAGAUGAACAGGUCAUAGUGGAGAGUUUUGACCAAACGUGAUCCACCUGGAGUAGGAACCGGCAAGCCACUCCAGUAUCCCUGCCAAGAAAACUCCAUGGACAAAGACAACAGGCAUAUAAAAGUUAUGACGCUGGAAGAUGAGCCCCUCAGGUCGGAAGGUGUCCAACAUGCUACUGGGGAAGAGCGGAGGACAAGUACAAGUAGAUUCAGAGCUGAUGAAGCGGCUGGGCCAAAGCCGAAAGGACGCUUAAUUGUGGAUAUGCAUGGAAGCGAAAGGAAAGUCCAAUGCUGUAAAGAAAAAUAUUGCAUAGGAACCUGGAAUGUAAGAACCAUGAACCUGGGUAAGUUGGAUGUGGUCAAAAAUGAGAUGGCAAGAAUAAAGAUCGACAUCCUGGGCAUCAGUGAGCUAAAAUGGACGGGAAUGGGCGUAUUCAGUUCGGAUGACUAUCAUAUCUACUACUGUGGGCAAGAAACCCGUAAAAGAAAUGGAGUGGCCCUCAUAGUCAACAAAAGAGUGGCGAAAGCUGUACUGGGAUGCAGUCUCAAAAAUGAUAGAAUGAUCUCGAUAUGAAUCCAAGGCAGACCUUUUAACAUCACAGUAAUCCAAGUUUAUGCACCAACUACUGGUGCUGAAGAAACUGAAAUUGACCAAUUCUAUGAAGACUUACAAGACCUUAUAGAAGUGACACCAAAGAAGGAUGUUCUUCUCAUUAUAGGGGAUUGGAAUGCUAAAGUAGGGAAUCAAGAGAUAAAAGGAACAACUGGCAAGUUUGGCCUUGGAGAUCAAAACGAAGCAGGGCAAAGGCUAAUAGAGUUCUGUCAAGAGAACAAGCUGGUCAUCACAAACACGCUUUUCCAACAACACAAGAGAUGACUCUACACAUGGACAUCACCAGAUGGGCAACAUCGAAAUCAGACUGAUUAUAUUCUCUGCAGCCAAAGAUGGAGAAGCUCUAUACAGUCAGCAAAAACAAGACCUGGAGCUGACUGUGGCUCAGAUCAUCAGCUUCUUAUAGCAAAAUUCAAGCUUAAACUGAAGAAAGUAGGAAAACCACUGGACAGGUAAGAUACAAUCUAAACCAAAUCCCUUAUGAAUACACAGUGGAAGUGAGGAACAGGUUUAAGGAUUUAAAUUUGCUGGACAGAGUGCCUGAAGAACUAUGGGUGGAGGCUCGCAACAUUAUACAGGAGGCAGCAACUAAAACCAUCCCAAUGAAAAAGAAAUGCAAGAAAGCAAAGUGGCUGUCCAACGAGGCCUUACAAAUAGCUGGGGAGAGAAGGCAAGCAUAAUGCGAGGGAGAUAGUGAAAGAUACAGGAAAUUGAAUGCAGAUUUCCAAAGAAUAGCAAGGAGAGACAAGAAGGCCUUCUUAAACGAGCAAUGCAAAGAAAUAGAGGAAAACAACAGAAUGGGAAGAACCAGAGAUCUGUUCAAGGAAAUCGGAAAUAUGAAAGGAACAUUUUGUACAAAGAUUACCAUAAUAAAGGACAAAAGUGGUAAGGACCUAACAGAAGCAGAAGACAUCAAGAAGAGGUGGCAAGAAUACACAGAGGAAUUAUACCAGAAAGAUAUGGAUGUCUCGUACACCCCAGGUAGUGUGGUUGCUGACCUUGAGCCAGACAUCCUGGAGAGUGAAGUCAAAUGGGCCUUAGAAAGCACUGCUAAUAACAAGGCCAGUGGAAGUGAUGGUAUUCCAGCUGAACUGUUUAAAAUUUUAAAAGAUGAUGCUGUUAAGGUGCUACACUCAAUAUGCCAGCAAGUUUGGAAAACUCAGCAGUGGCCAGAGGAUUGGAGAAGAUCAGUCUACAUCCCAAUCCCAAAGAAAGGCAGUGCCAAAGAAUGCUCCAACUACCGCACAAUUGCACUCAUUUCACAUGCUAGCAAGGUUAUGCUUAAAAUUCUACAAGGAAGGCUCAAGCAGUAUGUGGACCAAGAACUCCCAGAAGUGCAAGCUGGAUUUAGAAGAGGCAGAGGAACCAGAGACCAAAUUGCAAACAUGCGCUGGAUUAUGGAGAAAGCUAGAGAGUUCCAGAAAGACAUCUACUUCUGCUUCAUUGACUAUGCAAAAGCCUUUGACUGUGUCGACCACAGCAAACUAUGGCAAGUUCUUAAAGAAAUGGGAGUGUCUGAUCACCUCAUCUGUCUCCUGAGAAAUCUCUAUGUGGGACAAGAAGCUACAGUUAGAACUGGAUAUGGAACAACUGAUUGGUUCAAAAUUGGGAAAGGAGUACGGCAAGGCUGUAUAUUGUCUCCCUGCUUAUUUAACUUAUAUGCAGAAUUCAUCAUGCGAAAGGCUGGGCUGGAUGAAUCCCAAGCCGGAAUUAAGAUUGCCGGAAGAAAUAUCAACAACCUCAGAUAUGCAGAUGACACAACCUUGAUGGCAGAGAGUGAAGAGGAAUUAAAGAACCUUUUAAUGAGGGUGAAAGAGGAGAGUGCAAAAUAUGGUCUGAAGCUCAACAUCAAAAAAACGAAGAUCAUGGCCACUGGGCCCAUCACCUCCUGGCAAAUAGAAGGGGAAGAAAUGGAGGCAGUGAGAGAUUUUACUUUCUUGGGCUCCAUGAUCACUGCAGAUAGUGACAGCAGUCACGAAAUUAAAAGACGCCUGCUCCUUGGGAGAAAGGCGAUGGCAAACCUAGACAACAUCUUAAAAAGCAGAGACAUCACCUUGCCAACAAAGGUCGUAUAGUAAAAGCCAUGGUUUUCCCAGUAGUGAUGUAUGGAAGUGAGAGCUGGACCAUAAAGAAGGCUGAUCACCGAAGAAUUGAUGCUUUUGAAUUAUGGUGCUGGAGGAGACUCUUGAGAGUCCCAUGGACUGCAAGAAGAUCAAACGUAUCCAUUCUUAAGGAAAUCAGCCCUGAGUGCUCACUGGAAGGCCAGAUCGUGAAGCUGAGGCUCCAAUACUUUGGCCACCUCAUGAGAAGAGAAGACUCCCUGGAAAAGACCGUGAUGUUGGGAAAGAUGGAGGGCACAAGGAGAAGGGGACGACAGAGGACGAGAUGGUUGGAUGGUGUUCUUGAAGCUACCAGCAUGAGUUUGAUCAAACCACAAUUCUGUGAGGUAGGUUAGGCUGAGAGACAGUGAGUGGUCCAAGGUCCCCCAGUGAACUUCAUGGCUGGGGGGGGGGACUAGAAUCUGGUCUUCCAGGUCCAGCACUCUAAUCAGCACCACAUUUGCCGCCUGAGGCAGUUCCCUGCCUUAUGGUGCAUAUAUGGAAAACACUAUCAACAUUCAAAUAAAUGGUAGGUAUAAAUGCUAGGUAAAUGCUAGGUAUGUAUAUAUCAUCAUCAUCAUCAUCAUCAUCAUCAUCACAACAACAAUCAUUUAUUCAGUUAAAAGGGAAAUGGUUAGGGAUGGGCAAAUACAUCAGUUUCAUUUUUUCAUUUUUCCAAUCUUAAAUUCGGUUCUUCACAUUUUCACAUCAGAUUGCAACUUUAAAAAAAAGUUCUUAUGAAAAGUUAACAGCAUUUUAGUACAAAUUUGUCCUGAUAUACACAUUUUUGUAUACAGCUUUAUACACACUUUUAUAACACAGUUUCCCCUUAAUAUAAUGCAUUUUUCUACACCAUUUUCACAAAUAUAUGCAUUAUUAUGAGAAUUUGGUAGGUUCACCUUUAAAUGUGAACUGAAUUGAAUUUCUCCUCCAUCUCCAUACCAAUGAUAAAUGACCGUUAACAUGAUGCAAGAGCGGUCUACUCCCAAAUCUCUGUUCUACCAGGAAGAUUACUGGGUAGCUUCACAGGAUUGUGGUAAUGCUAACAUGAGGUGUCACUGUGGAUGGUUAGGAGACAAAUGUGCAAAGUAGUAGGGCGAGAGGUGCCAAGGUGCCAGCUUGCCUGAAGUCACAUCCUCUGACCCGAAAGUGUGUUUCCAUGCUCUCACAUUUCCAAAGGCUUAUUGUAGUGAUGCAACACAAGGCGUAUGCCGUUUCUAAUUCACGUGCUCUGGUGUUAUUUGGCUGAAAUUAGGCCUUUCACAUGUCCCAUUAAUUCCUCUUGCUCAUGGAGAAGCCAAGGAUGGGACUCUAAGCCCUGUGUGACUGGACUCUAGAGAGUCAUCAAGGAGCACAGCAUCUUCAGAAAUGAUCUAUGAAGAAAAACACUUUAGCUGUCUUCCCAGUAAACUCCUCUCCUCAACGAAUCAUGAGAAUUCUCAGUCAGCAACCUCACAAAACCAAAGAGACUCCCAUGAUCCUUUGGGGAAAGCCAAACUGGUAAAAGCGAUGCAAAGCACAAAAGUAUUUGUAGUGUAGAUAGAACCAAACAGCUCUACUGAGGUGUCUACCAGCAGCUUCCCCCCUUCAGCCUCAAACUCCUUGAUUUUAUUAUUACAUGAUAACCUUCCUGAGAAGAGGCUGGCUGCUGGAUCAGACCAAAGGCCUGUGUAGUCCAGCAUCCUCUUCUCACAGUGGCCAACCAGAUGCCUGAGGGAAGCCCACAAGCAGGGCCCGAGUGCGAAAACAGCCCUCUCCCCUCCGACAGCAGUGGUGGACAUGGCCCUGAGAGCCUCAUCCUCUAUGAAUUUGUCCAGUCCUCUUUUAAAGCCAGCCACACUGGGGACAAAUUCCGUAGUUUAACUGCACCAGGUGAAGAAGUAUUUUUUGUGUCUGCUCUGAGUUCUUUCUCAGAAUCAUGCAUAAUUUUAUACACCUUCCUUAUGCUCCCCACACUUACUAGCCCUUUUCCAAACUAGAAAUUGCUCCCCGCCCUUGACUAUUUUGGUUGCCCCUUUCUGGACCUUUCACAGCUCUAUCAUAUCCUUUUUGAGAUGAGGCUGCCAGAAUUGUACACAGCAUGCCAAGUGGGGUCUCUCCAUAGAUUUGUAUAACACUAAAUUUCCUCCAAGGAGCUCUAGGCAGUGCACACGAUUUUGCCUGGCUCAGUGCUGUAAAGUAGAUUAGACAGAGAGGCAGUGACAAAUGCAAGGUCACCAUGAGCUAUUUAGCUGAGUGAGGAUUUGAACCCUGGUUUGCCAGUUGCUAGGCCAACGCUCUAACCACUACACCACACUGACUCUCCAUGAAGGUUUUUAGGUACUUGGCUCUGCUAGGAAUGCAGUUCAAACCCUAGUCUACACCUACAUAGUUAAACUGGAAGGGUGAAGAAAAGGGGCAAGGAAACUCACCCCAGGAAAUGACUCAUCCAGUGCCCCUCCCCCACUCAAAGGGGGUGGGCAGACUUGUCCUCUCUAGAUAACGCCUCACCCUACCAAGUUGGUUCCUCUUGUUGAUAUACAGGAUGCUUCUUUUUAAAGCCAGAGUAAACCAAACUGCAUUUUGGAGACACAUAGGCCAGCUGCCUCUGCCGUAACACAUAUGCUCUGUUAUGAUGACAAGGUCUUUGAAAGAGCUGGUCUGUUUUAAUUUAGAACUGGCUUCACCAAACCAGAUUCACAUUUCCCUUUCUCCUAUCCAUACUCUAUCCCAGACAUUCUAAUCUGGAAUGGGAAGUGGUUUAGUCUGGAUUAAUUUUGCUAAGGAACUGUGAAGCCACACCAAUGGGACUGGUGUAAGGUAGAUGUUUACAUUUCAUUAGGGCCUCUUUAGGGACAUAGGAAGUCGCCUUGUGCCAGGCCACCUCCGCACCAUUCCUUUAAAGCAGCAUCAGACCACUUUAAACAUUCAUAGCUUCCCAGUGCUGAAAAGGCUGUAAAGGGGACCAGCAAAUUCAUGGAGGGCAAAUCUCACUCAUGGCUGCUGCAGGUUUUGAAGGCCAUAUAGAGCCUCUAGAUUCCACAGCAGGAUGCCACCAGAUGCUGGUGGGCACCUGGGUGGGAGGGCUUUAGCCAUCUGGCUCUAGCCUCCUCCUUGAAUUUGUCACAGCCAUUGCUACACUCUGUGGCAGAGCAGACAAACUCUUCCUGCAUCCUCAAUUCAGACAGACGUUUUGCUCAACUGAGGGGUGUUCAGAUAUAGCUUUUUUAAGGUGCUGUUUUGAGAACAUCAUUUCCUUAGCAAACAUGCGCGCUGUCAUAUGUAUUCUGCCCUGGUCAAACUAGUUUGGCUAGGAUUUGGGUAGUGAUUCAAGCUGUACUGUAUAAUACUGGGAUUAGCCCCUGAGUAUGUCUAGUUGUUUGUGUGUGUUUUGGCAUGCCUGUUAUUGGAACCCACAGAAUAGUAUAUAUGAUUCGUUUAAUAGACCUUUCUCCACCCCAUGCCCAGAGUAGAUUUAAACCAUGUUUACAUUCUUUUUUAUCAAGACAAUGUGCAUAUUUACCGCUGUGUGUGUGUGUGUGUGUAAAAAAAAGUAAAAGUGUGAAGUCUUUUUUAAAUUAAAGAGUGAAAUUAACUAGAGCACAAACAUCUUGCAUUUUGGUCUAAUCAAUUUAACCACCUCACUAAUCUGUACAGAACUAGGGAAAGCAUCUACAGUUUGGAACAAGGCAGGAAUGGUCCAGACCCUUUCCUUCCUGUAAACAUAUCCCAGUUGGCUGGGUUUCCCAGCGUCUUGCUGCCAGUUACUGCCUGAGCUCACUGACUAAUUACUACUUUUUCCUCAGACUGAGCCCUAGCUUGUUUUAUUGAAUGAACACAACUCUCCAGGUGGGGGUGGCAAGCCACAUGUGACUGAAUUUGAGAACUUCUCCCAGCAACUUCCCCCCUCCACCCAGAAGGUAGGAGCUUCAUGAGACGGAUGCAUUUGCCAGGCCUGUUAGCUCAUUUCUAAAAAGAGGUGCCAAGGCUCAAGCCAAACCCCCAGACGGGACAACGGAGGCCAUGAGGCAGACCCUCCAAGUGUCCCUGUGUUCCAGGGACAGUCCUGGAUUUACAGAAGCCGCCCUGGUUUCUGUUUGACCCCAGAAUGUCCCACUUCCUUAGGACAUCCCUGUUUUCAUCAGAAAAAUGUUGGAGGGUAUGGAGUUAUCCGACAUCUGAAGGCAGCUCUGUAUAGGGAAGUUGUUUUUUAUGUUUAAUGUUUUUAUGUUUAAUGUUUUAUUAUAUUUUUAUAUAUGUUGAAAGCCACCCAGAGUGGCUGGGACAACCCAGUCAGAUGGGUGGGGUAUAAAUAGUAAAAUAAUAGUAACAACAACAACAAUAGAUUUAGGAUGUCCCUAUUUUCAUUGGCAAAAUGUUGGAGGGUAUGCAUAAGGUUGUAUUUGCAAGCUUAUUACCUGUAAAGUUGCAUCCUAUUGGUAUGUCAUCCAACAGCCACUGACCUGCCCCUCUCCCACCUGGGUUUGUAGUCCUUCUUACAGGAAACUGACAUUGUUGAGCCUUUUAGCUUCUCGUGUGUGUUGUGGAAAUGGUGUUUUGUUGCUUUUGCUUUGUUAAUAGCUUUGGUACUCUUGAGCUCCCAUGAUACAAGAGAGUGAACAGCAGGUUCCUCUUGUUCAUAGCCAUUAUCUGAGUUCUCCUUUAAUGGGUUUAACCUUUUAAAACCUUGCCUCCAGACUAAUGAGAUUACUUUCUUUAAACAGGACGGGACUCCUGUGCCCUUAGCAGCAGCGUAACAGGCAGAAAUCAUCAAGUGAAACUGGAUCUGGCACGAAAAUUUCAAUGAUGGCAAAACUAUCACUUGUUGAUUUAUGAUAGGGGUAACCAGUUUACCUGCCGGAUGUUUAGAACUACAACUCCCAUGGGCCCCAGCCAGUAUGGUCAAUGCUCAAGAAUUAUGGGAGUUGAAGUUCCAAACAUCUGGAGGGCCCCUGAUGGGCUACCCCUGAUUCAUGGCCACUAUGAGGCUGUUAAGGGCACUGGAGCUCAGCAGUGGGAAAGUUGAGGUAACUCACAAGAGUCUCAUUUAUCCCCACAAUACCUUGUGAGGCUUCCUACUAUUACUCACAUUUUAGAAUAGAAUCAUUGUGGCUGAGUAAAAGAGAUUUGCCCAAAGGCUAUCCUGUGUGUUUAUGUCUGAAUUUGGCAUAGACCUGAUUUAAUUCUCCCAGGGUCCACUAUAAAAACUUCACAGUGACUCGUAAGCGUUUUUCUCUUAGCUGUCAAGUAGCAAUUAACUCUUCAUCUGUCUGUCUGUCAGAAGCCUGUUGCAACCGGAGAUUCAUGCUGUAGCUUUGAAAUGACCAGUUAGGCAGCAGAGACAGCUCCCCCUCCUGUUCCUCCCAGUUCUGCCAUCUACCUCUAUUCCUUCCUUGUGACUAUCUCCAGGGGUAUACCAAGCAGGGGAAAGAGAGGGGCAGGUGAAAGAAGCAAUAACUUUGGCAUCUCUUGGUCAGCUGGCAAGUUGUUAAAGUCACAACAUGAAUCUCCCAGUUCAGACAACUCUGGCAACUCUGUGUUUUUUGUCUGCAGGCGUUUUGGCUAACAUUCUUUAUAGGCCCCCAUUUCAUUUGGCAAACACUGAAGGUGAGAGUACACACACACACACACGAGUUAUGCUUGUACAUGUCUGGAAUCAACUUCCACCCUUGGCAAGCUAUUAGAAUAAAUCAUAAAACAAUCCAUUUGUAAGCACAUAAGAGACAAUUGGAUAAUAAGCAGCCAACAUGGAUUACUUAAGGACAAAUCAUGCCAAACCUGAUUUCCUUCUUUGAAAAGGCAACUGGUUUGGUGUGUAAUUUAAGCACAGAGGUUUUGUAAAGUAUCUUAGACAUUGACAUAAUAAAAUUCGGGCAUGCAUAGCUCAGUUGGUUAAGAGCAUGGUGCUGAUAAUACCAGGGUUGCAGGUUCGAUCCUCUGAUGGGACAGCUGCAUUGCAGGGGUUGGACUAGAUAAUCCUCAGGGUUCCCUCCAACUCUACAAUUCUGUGAUUCAAUGAUUGCUCCAGCCCUUAUGCUGUUGUGUCCGAAGCAUGUGUAUUUAGAAAUGGCCCACUCUGUAACUGGGCUUACGAUUGCAGCCUUGAGUUGGCUUUCUGGCUCGCAACCUGGAGAGCUCUUUUGCCGUAAACAUCCCCAUAGUUAUGAAGGAAGAUGCGGUUGGUGCCUUCGGGAUGUAGGAAGAUUUGUACCAAGUUAGACCAUUGUUCCAUCCAGCUCAGUAGUGCCUACACUGACCAGCAGUGCCCCCCCCCCCCGGGUUCCAGAGAGAAGAUGCUGGGUAUGCCAUCUGGGACCUUUGGUAUGAAAAACACAUGUUGUGCCACUGGGCAACAGCAGCCCUUUCCUGCCUGGCUCAGGCUUCCCCAGUGCUACCCCCCACCCUCUGCCUGCCUGCCUGCCUGCCUGCCUGCCGAGGGUCCUGCUUGUUCUAGUGAGCGGGCGCUUUGGGGCUUGGAGAAGGUGGACGGUUCUUCUCCCACAUGACAGCCCUGUAAAGCCCUAUCAGUUUCAGUUGGGAGAGCGACAACUCUCCCAAGGCCAGUACUCUGCUCCCUCUCUUGCGCAGUUGCUCUGGCUAAGACCAGAGACCUCUUUGGUCACACAAUGCAUUGCUCCCCCAAAUGCUGCUGCCAGUGAAACUCCUGGGUGCAUUAAAAGGCAGCACAGCAUCUGAACAAACCCUAAAGAAAGGCUGUGCUGAUAUGUGUUGUCUUUGGCUUCCUUCUAGGGAAGUGACAUAGUGCCCUCCUGAUGUAGACUACAGCUCCCAUCAUCCCUGGCCAUGGGCUGUGAUGGGAGUAAUAGUUCUAAACAUCUGGAGGAGCAUAUGUGCCCCAUCCCUGCUGUUUUCUAAUGGCCACCAAGUUGUACAAGUGCCAAUUCUUAUGUAGCCAAAACAGCAGCAGGCACCCACAGGAAAGAAGUUUCAGCAGCUUUUUCCUUAAAGCCACCAAAAAAAUGCCAAUCUAGGGAAUCUUGCCAUUGCAUUGGGUUGCAUCAUGUGCUUUCUUUCUGCUGCCCCAGGUGGUAGGAAACUUCAGGGGCCAGUUUGAAGAGGGCCUCUCCUUCUCCUUCUAAGGAGAGAAAGACUACCCGAGACUUGUGGCAUUUUAGUCAUCUUUGUUGCUUGAGUAGGAAAGGCAGGGGCAGCAGGCAAGCAGGCUGAGUAGUAACAGAAAUCUUUCAAGUACAAGGAGGCAGGGGGGCUGAGUAGCUACUAGCAGCAACCAGCCUCCUUGCUUACUGACCUUCUAGUCCUCUGUAACCACCAAAGCAGCAUCUUUACUGUUUUGCCUGUGCAUACAAGGGUCACAAAUGCAGUGCACAAACUCACGUUGCACACCUCAUUUUUGUGACAAGCAUUACAGAAUUAUAGUUAUACAGCCUGUUUCUCUACACUCACGGGUUUGGACAACACAGGUGGAUGCGUGCGUGACUGUGCAUUAGCUGUGCACCAAUUUUACACCAAGCACGUGUGAUUUAUGUGAAUAAUAGCAACACUUAUUCUAAAAAAGAAAAGAAGCAUAGCUGCAGCAUUGUCCAAAUUGUAUCACUCUCCAGCUUGUUUGCACAGUGGUGUUAAGCCAAACUGCCUUAUAUGAAAUGGAAAACAGAUUUCAUACUCUGCAAGACAGGAUUACUUCACCCUCCACACCAAAUUAUAUGGAGAUGCCUAUGUGGUGCUUCCUCUGUAUGCCUCUUACAUGCCUGCACAUGCGUUUCCCUCCCUACCUGAGCUUCCCCUUUGUUCUGCCUCAAAACAAAAAUGCCCCCCUUCCUUCUGAGCCUGUUGGCCGUGAGCCCCUUCCCUCCCUAGCACCAUCUGCUCUGAAUCUGUCCCUUCCGAUGCUUGCCAUGUACUCUCUGAGCACUGACAUCUGCAAGGAGCCGUCUGCUCUGUCAAGGCUUUGUGUGGGAUGACACCCGCUCUUCAGAUGGCUCCAUGGUUGCAGAAAGAAUUAAUUAGACACAGGAGGGAGAGUGGGGUAGUUGGGGUAGAACCGGUAACUAUAGGGUCCCUGCCUGGAGGUAAGGAUUGUUUGGGGAAGGGCUCAUAGCUCUGUGGUUGAUACAGGUGGAAAAGAAAGUCAAUUAAGUUCACAUUUAAAGGUGGAUCUGCCUAAUUCACACUUUUUGAACCACUAUGUGAACUAAAGCACCACCGUUCUUUAAGAUUUGUGCUGCUCUGAAUUGUGCAGUGCAUUUCUUCCACCAAGAAACGUGUACAAAAGAGUACAUUCUAAGGUGGUGUGCGUUAAAAUGCAUAUAUAGGAGAAAAUAACAUACAAAAUGCUUUAUAUUAAGGGAAAUAUAAAUAUCACAAAUAAAUCUCAGGCAGCAUUUCAUACAAAAAACUGUGUAUAUUGGGAUAAAUUGUUGAUGAUAAAGUGCUGAUGAAUUUAAAAGAUUCUAUAAAAGAAAAUUGCAAACUGUCAAGGAGAACAGAAUUUAAGAUUGGGAAAAUGAGGAACAGAGACAAAAACUGAAGUGGACUGAUUUGCCAUCCCUAAUGGGAAAGGUUUGCUUUGCAUGCAAAAGGUUGCAGUUACAGCUAGAGGGUUCCAGGUUGAAUAAUGUCUUUCUGCGUCAGAAGGGGAUUCUGACAGCCCAAGGCAGCUUAUGAGGCCUUCUCCAUCUUCAGAACAUUUGGUAAGGAGGGUGACUGCACCAGUGGCAAGCAGCCUCAAGACACCUCGUCCUUGUGCCAGUGUGAACGCCUUCCCAGGGUUCCAGGGUAUUCUGGCCACACCCAGCUGGACCUUGGUUGCUGCAAAUCUCCCCCCUUGAGCACCCAUCUUUCACUCUCUUUUGUCUGUUCCAACCAUAGGAGCCGAACUGGCCGGAUCAUGGAGUUGCUGUCCACCCCACACAGCAUUGAGAUCAACAACAUCACCUGUGACUCAUUCCGGAUCUCCUGGGCCAUGGAUGUUGGAGACUUAGACAGAGUCACUCACUACUUCAUCGACCUGAACAAAAAAGAGAACAAGAACUCCAACAAAUUCAAGCACCGGGUGAGCUGUUACAAUGGGCUGCCUUGGUGUUCAGCAGGGGUGAAACAGAAGAACCUGUGGACCUUCAGAUGUUGUUGGACUACAACUUCCAUCAUCUCUGGCCAUUGGCCAUGCUGUCUGGGGUUGAUGGGAGUGGAAGUCCAGCAGCAUCUGAGGAAGGCCACAGGUUCCUCAUCCCUAGCAUACAGGGUGGGGCAAGACAUGCUCUCUACAUCUCUACUAGCAAUCCCUUCAGCCAAUAAAAAGCAUUCCCCCUUUGCUUCAGUUGCACGCAGACUUAGAUCCUUGUUGGCAGCUGUUGAUUACCAACCACUAGGGGUGAGCAAUGAGAUGCCCUCCUGAUGGGCUAGAUUGUAUGUUCUGUGGUUGCACAGCCCACAGUCGGUUCUAAUGGGAGCAGUGGUCCAACACAUACAAGGCAAGGGCACUAGGCAGCCUACCGCCAGUGCUCCAUGCUGUGGCUGCCUCUAUAUUUAUGAACCUACCAAUGCUUCUGAUAAUAACCAGAUCUCUCACUUGGAAGGCUUUGGGCAUUGCUCUGCGGAAAGCAAACUAGUUCAGUGGUAAUUUUUUUUCUCCAGGGAAGCCUGGGAACAAAGGCUUUCUCUUACUAUAAAACAGAGAUGGGCGAUAGCUUUAAAAGCUGUUUGAGGUGUAGGGGGGUGUGUGUGACACCCUCACAAUGAGAACACUUAAAAAGUAUGCUUCUGAACAGAGGCUGCAGAGUCGUGAAAUGAAUUACUCACAUCUUUCUCCCUCUGAAAUGGAGUCACUAAUUUGGAUGCUGUUUAACAGGUUGGUUGGUUGGUUGGUUGGUUGCUAUGACAAUGCUACUUAAUGUUUAACAUUAAUUUACACACACACACACACACACACACACACACACACACUACCCUUUCUGUGAGAAGGUUUUCUCCCCUCCCUUUUGCUGCCGUCUCCUGACUCUUCCACAUUUGCUGUUGCCACAGAAACAGCCUUGCUCCGCAGAGGACCCCCGGUGGCCUGCUGGCUGGUGUGACCAUGUUCUCCCUUACUAACAAAUAUUUUUAAAGCACUUGCUCUGUUCAUUGGGCUAUUCCAACUACAUUGAAAGAGGAUGGGUUUUGUUAAAACCCUUUGUCAGUUUCUGCCUAGGCCUAGGGUUUGUUAUGGGCAUGGGUAGGCAAACUAAGGCCCGGGGGCUGGAUCCGGCCCAAUCUCCUUCUCAAUCCGGCCCGCGGAUGGUCCUGGAAUCAGUGUGUUUUUACAUGAGUAGAAUGUGUCCUUUUAUUUAAAAUGCAUCUCUGGGUUAUUUGUGGGGCAUAGGAAUUCGUUCAUUCUCCUCCCCCCAAUAUAGUCCGGCCCCCCACAAGGUCUGAGGGACAGUGGACCGGCCUCCUGCUGAAAAAGUUUGCUGACCCUGGCUAUGGGUGCUGAGAGUUGUUAGGAGACCCCCCCCAUUCCUCCCACAGAGAUACAAUUCCCAGAGUUCCCUGGGAAGCGGGAUUGAUUGUUAAAGCACCUUGGGAACUGUAGCUCUUGGAGGGAAAUAGAGAUGUUCUAACAGCUCUCAGAACCUGUAACAAACUACAGUUCCCAGGAUUCUUUGGGGGGAAGCCAUGAAUGUUUAAAAUGGCAUGAUAGUGCCUUAAAUGUUCUAGCGUGGAUGCUGGUAAAAGGCCAUGCCAUUUCAGGUCAAAGGUGGAGACUCACAUGACCAAAUGUUCAUUCAUAUAAAAAGGAGCCUGUCUAAGAGGAGGCUAGGAAAGAACUUUCCACUUGGCUAGGGGUCCUCAAGGAUUUUGUUCAGUCUGCAUUUCCCCAAGCUGUUAUCCAGAUCAGAAUGCGGUUAUCCUUUGGGUUUUGCAGUUCUUUUAAUUUUGCAUGACAAUGUGUAGAAUAACAUGCAGUUUAGAUUAAAAUGAAAGCAUACAAAAAAGCAAGGUAUUUGAAAAGAUAUGUACAAAAUUAUGCAAACAGGAGCAGAUUUGCCUAACUCUUACGGUUUUAUUUAUUUAUUUAUUUAUUUAUUUGACAGGAUUUACAUACUGCUUAAUCAACUAAACCUCUAAGCAGUUUGCAUAAAAUAUAAAAUAAUAUAUUAAAAUCACUCAUAAAAUCAGAUGCUAAAAACAAGUUAACCUUUCCUCCCCCCCAAUAUAAGUAAAAUCAGAAGUUUUAAAAAUAAACAUGAAAAAGGCAUAUUAAAAUGCUUGUCAAAUUUAUGUCUGGGUAGGCAUUCUUAAACAAAUAAGUUUUUAACGGGUGCUAAAAACAGUACAGUAAAAGCACUUUUCUAAUGAUGUUUUGUUAACCACUUAGAAGACACCUGGGCAUUAAGUAGUAGUGGUGGUGGUAGUAGUAGUAGUAGAAAUCAUCAUCAUCAUCAUCAUCAUCACUAUGUGGUUGCUUCUUAAAGAAAUAUUUUCAUCAUCAUCACCAUCAAUGGGCAGGGAGUUCCAUGUGGAAAUGGAACAGGCUUAUGAAAGAAAACAUGUGCAGCUUACAGAGGUGGGAAAUAGACUGACUAGUCCAUUCGUAUCCCUGAUAUGCUAUAUACAGGAAUGUAUUUUAUUUGGCAUGGAGACAUAGGGGCUUAUGUGAGCCCCCCAUAAUCCGAAGUGGUACGAGCUGGAUGCAGAUUUAGCAACUCAGCAAGAGCCGGGUCCUGGGAUGAGGGUGGAGAGGCAAUAGUCAUAGAAUCAUAGAAUCAUAGAAUCAUAGAGUUGGAAGAGACCACAAGGGCCAUCGAGUCCAACCCCCUGCCAAGCAGGAAACACCAUCAGAGCACUCCUGACAUAUGGUUGUCAAGCCUCUGCUUAAAGACCUCCAAAGAAGGAGACUCCACCACACUCCUUGGCAGCAAAUUCCACUGUCGAACAGCUCUUACUGUCAGGAAGUUCUUCCUAAGGUUUAGGUGGAAUCUUCUUUCUUGUAGUUUGGAUCCAUUGCUCCGUGUCCGCUUCUCUGGAGCAGCAGAAAACAACCUUUCUCCCUCCUCUAUGUGACAUCCUUUUAUAUAUUUGAACAUGGCUAUCAUAUCACCCCUUAACCUCCUCUUCUCCAGGCUAAACAUGCCCAGCUCCCUUAGCCGUUCCUCAUAAGGCAUCGUUUCCAGGCCUUUGACCAUUUUGGUUGCCCUCCUCUGGACACGUUCCAGUUUGUCAGUGUCCUUCUUGAACUGUGGUGCCCAGAACUGGACACAGUACUCCAGGUGAGGUCUGACCAGAGCAGAAUACAGUGGCACUAUUACUUCCCUUGAUCUAGAUGCUAUACUCCUAUUGAUGCAGCCCAGCAUUGCAUUGGCUUUUUUAGCUGCCGCGUCACACUUUUGGCUCAGGUCAAGUUUGUGGUCAACCAAGACUCCUAGAUCCUUUUCACAUGUACUGCUCUCAAGCCAGGUGUCCCCCAUCUUGUAUUUGUGCCUCUCAUUUUUUUUGCCCAAGUGCAAUACUUUACAUUUCUCCCUGUUAAAAUUCAUCUUGUUUGUUUUGGCCCAGUUCUCUAAUCUGUCAAGGUCGUUUUGAAGUGUGAUCCUGUCCUCUGGGGUGUUAGCCACCCCUCCCAGUUUGGUGUCAUCUGCAAAUUUGAUCAGGAUGCCCUUGAGUCCAUCAUCCAAGUCGUUGAUAAAGAUGUUGAAUAAGACCGGGCCCAAGACACCCCACUAGUCACUCUUCUCCAGGAUGAAGAGGAACCAUUGAUGAGCACCCUUUGGAUUCGGUCAGUCAGCCAGUUACAAAUCCACUGAGUGGUAGCAUAGUCAAGACCGCAUUUUACCAGCUUCUUUACAAGAUUAUCAUGGGGCACCUUGUCAAAUGCCUUGCUGAAAUCAAGGUAGGCUACAUCCACUGCGUUCCCUUCAUCUACCAGGCUUGUAAUUCUGUCAAAAAACGAGAUCAGGUUAGUCUGACAUGACUUAUUUUUCAGAAAUCCAUGCGGACUAUUGGUGAUCACAGCAUUCCUUUCUAGGUGCUCACAGACUGUUUGCUUAAUGAUCUGCUCCAGAAUCUUCCCUGGUAUUGAUGUCAGACUGACUGGGCGGUAAUUAUUUGGGUCCUCUCUUUCCCCUUUUUGAAAAUAGGGACAACAUUUGCCCUCCUCCAGUCUGCCGGGACUUCGCCUGUUCUCCAGGAAUUCUCAAAGAUGACUGCCAGUGGUUCUGAGAUCACAUCUGCCAGUUCUUUUAAUACUCUUGGAUGCAGUUCAUCUGGCCCUGGAGACUUGAAUACAUCUAAACUAGCCAAGUAUUCUUGUACUAUCUCCUUAGUUAUUCUGGGCUGUGUUUCCUUUGCUGAAUCAUUUGCUCCAAAUUCUUCAGGUUGGGCAUUGUUUUCUUUAUCGGAGAAGACUGAGGCAAAGAAGGCAUUGAGGAGUUCAGCCCUUUCUGUGUCCCCUGUUUGCAUUUCACCAUCUUCUCCUCUGAGUGACCCCACUGUUUCUUUGUUCUUCCUUUUGCUACGAACAUACCCAUAAAAGCCUUUUUGUUGCUUUUAACCUCUCUAGCAAGCCUGAGUUCAUUCUGUGCUUUAGCUUUUCUGACUUUGUGUCUACACGUGCUGGCUAUUUGUUUGAAUUCCUCUUUGGUGGUUUCCCCCUUUUCCAUUUUUGUACACAUCCUUUUUAAUCUUAACUCAGUUAAAAGUUCUUUAGAUAGCCACCCUGGCUUCUUUAGGCACCUUCCAUGUUUCCGUCUCAUUGGUAUUGCCUGAAGUUGUGCUUUUACUAUCUCCCUCUUAACAAACUCCCACCCAUCAUGAACUCCCUUUCCUUUUAGUAUUACUGUCCAUGGGAUCUCACCCAGCACUUCCCUAAGUUUUAUGAAGUCGGCUUUCUUAAAGUCAAGAAAUUGAGUCCUAGUAUGCUUGGCUGCUCCUUUAGGACCUCACUACAGUGUUACAUUUUGAAACCUGAGUAUACAGCAACCAUAUUAGUCAUUUUAAAACUUAAACAAACUGAGGUGAGUACACAGGGAAUGCAGUGCUAGUAAAAUGCUGCUGUAUUUCACAGAAACAUACUGCCCUGCUCAUCAAUAAUUACUGAUAGCAAUAAAUAUUGCAGUGUUCCACAGUAACCAAGUACUAUUUUAAUGAAUGUUAUAGUUCUCCACACUUAAUUUAUACUGUGCCUUUUCUUCUGCGAGCACUGUAAGCAAAAAGCCUCUCAACAUCCACCACCCAUCUUUUUAUGGCACCUAGGACGGCCAUUCUUCAGUGUUUCAAGCAAGACUUUGAUGCACAUUGAUGUAGAGGCUGGGAUGUUGUGCUCAAAAGAUUUUUGAAACCUUUAGAGAAAAUGUACUUUUACACCACAUAGUAAACACAUAAGGAGGGUUGCAGCAUAUUGUCAGUUAACAAGUUAGAUUAAUUUAUUAAAAACUUUUUGAUUGAUUAAAAAUUUGCCCCAUUAAUCAGACAGCAGAUAUUUAAAAAAACUUGUUAAUUCUCACACAAAGGCAAGAUCACUCACCCCCCAACCUGGCUGUUAGGUGUUCAAUGGCUGGCAGGUGCCAUCAGGCAUCAAAAGCUGUCGAGUGCCCAUCAAAGUAAUGUCUUCAGCUGAACAAAAGACUAGAGCCAUAGCUCUUAAACUGUGGGGCAGCUGUGACAUUUUGGGACAAAUAGGACCCUAAAGCAGGUGGAAACUUCUCUGCAUUCCAGCCAAGAUGCAGGUCGUGUUUUGAAUGGCUCUGGCCGGGGACUUCACAGAUCCAUGUGGGAUUUGUGGGAGCUUGCUGCACCCUCAUUGCCCCAUCAUCUCGCAUAUGAUUUUAGAAGAACGGUGCUUAGGAAGAGCUGCCAGUUUCUUCUUACAAUGUUUCUCAGCCCGUUGUUUUAGGAAAGCAUCAUCGAUAACCUUUUCUGUUCACCUUCUAGUGCUAGAGUGGGACUUUUAUUAUCUAGAGUCCCUUGCACCCUUGGCAAGGAGCUGUAUCAAACAGUAAUGGGCAGCAGCCAAUAAACCCACAAAAUACCACCAAAGCAGGUGUGGGGAACCACUGGUCCUCCAGAUGUUACUGACCUACAACUCCCAUCAUCCCUUACCAUUGUCUGUGGUUGCUGUGCCUGAUGGGAGCUGUAGUUCAACAUUAUCUGGCAAGCUUAGACAAAUGGGAAGAAGAAUAAGGUAGAGCCCUGCUGGCUAUAGAGAGACCCUAUCUUCUGAGCAUGGCCUCUGAGCAUAGGUUCUGCUGAACAUAGGAAACUGUUAGAUCUGGCCAUUACUCUGAUUGGCAGCAUCUCUCUUGGGUUUCUGGCACAGAGGUCUUCCACACUCCCUGCUUUUUGGUCCUUUUAGCUGGAGAUGCUUCAGGGAUUGAACCUGGGUCAGUCAUGCAAGGUAUGUGCUCUCUCAUGAUCACACUUCACCAAAGAUCUUAACACGCAGGCACUUUUAUAGGGCAGCAAGCAGCCCCUUCGCUUUCCUGCUCCAGGGUUUGGAAAGAAACUGGUAGCACUGGCCAAUUAUUACCAGUUCUACCUCUCCCAGUUAAUAACCUGGCUGUCAUCAGGGCCAUAGCUAGGGGGUGGUGAGGUGGGCCCCCGCCAGGGGCGCAGGUGAGGGGGCGUGCACACAAAAUUGGCUUAGAAAUAUGUCCAUAAAUAUGUCUAUAAAUAAAAAUAUUGAUUAUUGCCUCAUAAGAAAAGGUUUUUAAUAGAGGGUGAAUUGAAUGGGGGGGGGGUUGGAGGAGAGGCGGAAAGAAGAGCUAAUUUGUCCAUGGCUGGGGGACACAAUCUGGAGAGUUUUUCCAGGGGUGCAAGAUCACCUCGCUACAGCUCUGGCUGUCAUUCCCUGCAUCAUUUCCAGUUUGCAAACAAUCUGUACAGACAAGCUUCCCCGUCUAAUGCAACGCAUAGAGAAAUGCAUCAGGAUUAAAGGUUCCUGAAUUAGAAGACCUUUAAUGGUGGGAAAGAGGGCCUUCUCCAGGGUGAAUUUUUAAAAAUCUGCUCUUGCCUGUUAAUAGACUAUUAUUAUUUUUUAAAAUUAUGCCAGGGAUUCCAAAUGAUGAAUUAAUCUGAUUGUUCCUAACAUAACAUGCAACUGAGUGGCAUCUUGUACCUUGUUCCAGUAAUGAAUAAACAGGCUCAACUUCCUGCACAAAUGAGUCAUGUUGUUGUUUUCCCUCUGCCUUAGUCUUAUAAUAUAAAUUUAAAUUAUAUAUUUGUCUUCCACAUCCUGAGAUCUCAGAAUAAAGGGCACUCUGUACGUAUUUUAAAUAAAGAAAAAGUGGAGGAAAAGUUCUGCUGAAAGGCAGGUUGCCCCCCCCCCAUGCCUUCACCUGCACAGCUUUGCGGGAGUGCCAGCUGAGUUGCAGAGCACCCUCUUGGCUUGCAUGAGAUAAUGGGGAGGCCCAACAGUGCUAGCCAGUGUCCUGCAUGGACUGAGGUAGCACCCUAAAAACAUGGUUGUCAAAUCCUCUGCUUUGCCCAGGUUCUUUGCUGCAGCCACACAGAACUUUCAUGGCAGACAAGCAGAUACGGGAAGGUAGAAAAAUUGGGAAGUAGACUAUUUGGAGAGUGCACUGGUCUAUAAAGCCAGGAGUGGGUUGGUGCAGGAUGCACAAGGGUUAUCUUAUUUUGUGGACCAGCCUUUGUCAACUUUUGGCCAUCUAGAUGCUUUGGACUGUAACUCCCAUCAGCCCCAGUCAGUUCAGUUGGAGUUGGGAUGACUGAUGGGAGUUGUAGUCCAAGGCAUCUGGAGGGCAAAGGCUGCCAUAGAUCAAAGGAUGGAGCACAGCCUUUUAUCAGGCCAGGAGUAUGUAACUUCCCAUCUGUGGCCAAUCCAGAAUUAAAGCAAGAAACCUUGGCCUCUCCCUUCUCCUGAUGGUGCCUAGGGUGGUGGCGCCUGGGCCCAGCCAUUUCCCAGGAAACUCCAGGCCCCAAAUCUAGUUUGAUUCCUGACGCGGCUUGAUUCUUUUCUUUGGGCAGGAUGUCCCUACCAAGCUAGUGGCCAAGGCAGUUGCUCUGCCCAUGACUGUGAGGGGUCAUUGGUUUCUGAGUCCCAGGACGGAGUACAGCGUGGCCGUGCAGACGGCAGUGAAGCAGAGUGACGGAGAGUACCUGGUGUCUGGAUGGAGCGAGACCAUUGAAUUCUGCACAGGAGGUGAGUGUUCAGCAGAAGCCUUGAGCCUUGGCAGUUCUACUCUUGAGAGCACCCAGAGAUGCACUUAGUAUGUACUAGAACCAUAAUAGCCAACACGUCACACUCCAGAUGUUUUAGAAGACAACUCCCAUCAGCCUCAGCUAACAUAAGUAAAUGGUCAGGGUUGGUGGAAAUUGUGGUUGUAAACAUCUGGAGCAGGGGUGGGUAACCUCUUCUGGCCAGAGGGCUAGAUCUUUAUCUCCUCCACCCUGGGCAGAGCCGCCCACCUGUCAAUCACCUGACAACAUCAUGACAUCCGCUGAUCUACGUUCCAAUUGUUGGGACUUCAAAGUGAACCAACAGCCCUUAGUAAACAUAUUUGUGUGUUUAAGAGACCCCCCUCCACUAUUUUUCCUUCAAAGAUUUGAAGGAGCUCAGAGGUUGGGAGCAUGCUCCCAUUUGCCUUCCAGCUGAUGGGCAGGUGGGAAGACACCUUCAAAUGCCCUCUCCACCUUCUCCUUCAAAGUUCCAUGGAGCAUGCUGCUCCCGCCAUCACCUGGGGUGCGGGGGUGGGGUGGGGUGGCUUUCUGUAAAUGGCCUUGUGGGCCAAACAGAGAGGCCUAGGGGCCAGCUUUGGUCUGCAGGCUGGAGGUUCCUCACCCCGAUCUGGAGGUUACCAUGUUGCUAGAAAGUGUGCUCUUUUUGUUGCAGCCCUCUGACUCAGUUACCAACUAGACAAGUGCCAGGUAGAUUGAUGUUUAGGUGCCUGUUGAAGGCCCCUUUGCUUUAAGAAGGCUUUUCCGGAAGUUUGAACCAGUAAUGUUAAGGACUAUUGAUUGCAAAACUGCAGAAACACUGUCAUUCAUUUCAAUGAAAAUUAAAUUAUUGAAUUUGUAUCCUGCCAUAUUUUAUGUUAUUUUGUCUUACUAAACACUACUUAAGUAGCUUGGGUUGCAAAGCAGCUUAUAAAUCAGCAGCUAAAUAAAAUACAUGCUAGAAUCAGAGAAUAAUAGAACUGCAGAAUCAUAGAAUUAUAAAGUUGGAAGGAACCGCCAGGCUCAUCUAGUCCAGCCUCCUGCAAGGCAGGAGUCACAGCUAAAGAAUCCCUACGAGAUGGCCGUCCUGCCUCUGCUGAAAAGCCUCCCGGAAGGAGGCCGGGCAACGGGCUGCCUUGUGCAGCGGAUCUUUUGCGCUAGAGGUGCUAGGGCAGGGCAGGGGGCCUCACUCACGGAGACAGCAGCCCCCAGAGCUGCUCUCUUCUGGAAAACCUGCUGACCUCGAUGGCAACGUCUUGGAGUCACGGCCACAGGGAGGCCUCUUUCGUAUACCUCAGACACCUUGACAUUUUUGUUCUUAUUGUUAAAAGGGAAGCUUCUGACUUUUAUGGGUGAAAAAGAUACAACAGGGAUGCAGCCCUUGUGACUCUCCAUAUGCUGCCUGACCACCCUGGCUGGUGGGAGUUGGGGUCCCAGGGCAUCUGGAGGGCCACAGCUUCCCCACAACCAGACAGGAGGAAAAGCUGGCAAGCAGGAUUUUACCCAACUGUUCACUAAGGGCUCAUCCACACUUCCACUUUUCCCGUGCCUAGAAAGCAGAAGUCUGAAUGAGCCCUAAGAGAUAAAUUUAUUCCACUUCCCAGUAAGUUCAAAGGAACUGAGAUAGCUGACAAGGCCCUGGGCACUCAUUUUUAAGGGAAGCUUUUUUUCCUUCAAUGAAAGCUUGUGCCGCACAAAGCAAAUUGCAGAUGUGGGGGCCCUGAUCCAUUUCAGGACUGCUGCAGUGAGAGCCCCCACCCCACCCCUUGCCUUGCACCUGGGUCCCAAUCCAAAUCACUCUCACCCACCAACCACCCCAAUGUCUGCAAUUUAAUAAUAAUAAUAAUAAUAAUAAUAAUAAUAAUAAUAAUAAAUUUUAUUUAUACCCCGCCCUCCCCAGCUGAAGCUGGGCUCAGGGUGGCUAACAACAAUCAAAAUAAUCCAACAUUCUAAAAACCUUUCAUUAUAAAAAUUAAUUAAAAUCAAAUUGAUGGCAACCAUUAAGCAAAAUUCUGUGCAGAUUGCCAGGGCUGCACCCUGACCAAAGGCCUGGUGGAACAGCUCUGUCUUACAGGCCCUGCGGAAAGAUGUCAGGUCCCGCAGGGCCCUAGUCUCUUGUGACAGAGCGUUCCACCAGAUUGGAGCUGCGGCCGAGAAAGCCCUGGCUCUAGUUGAGGCCAGCCUAACCUCUCUGUGCCUGGGAUCUUCAAGAUGUUUUUAUUUGCAGACCAUAAGUUCUUCUGUGGGACAUACCAGGAGAGGCGGUCCCGUAGGAUAAAAUUUGCUUUUUAAAAGUGUAAUGGUAAAUUUUUGAAAUGCAGAAGCUUACCAUGACUGUAAUUAGACUGGAGAUAAAAUAACACAUCUCACUAUUGUUUGUGGCUUGGCUGUGCAUAGUUAUCUGGGUGUAAAUGCCAUUGAACUCAGGGAUGCUGGCUGCAUAGGUUCAAUUUGUAAAUGAGCUUUAAGGAAAGCUAUUCAGCCAGCUGAAAUGCAGGCUUUAGCUUUUAAAUAGAAGGACAGACAUUCCUGCCAAGAGGUAGGAACCCCGUCAAGGAAAUGAAAAGAAGUAUCCAGCCUCUUCUUGAUUAUUUUCCUUAUUCUCUGACUUCUUUCUGCCAACUAACAAUAGUAAAACUCAAUAUCACUUCUUCCCUAUGGAGGGUUUGUUAAUUACUGUGGUGCUCCAGAAGAGAAUGUCACCACUCCUGCUCUGAAAAAAGAGUGCCUGUUCUGUGCUCUUCCACAUUUCUGCUCCACAACACUACGGCCUACAAGCUGGUGUCUUGUCUGAAAGCACUUAAGCAGUCUCAAAAGACCUACUUGCAUGGAUGGGAAAGGGAAUGUGGGCCGUUACAGUGGUACCUCUGGUUACGUACUUAAUUCGUUCCGGAGUUCUGUUCUUAACCUGAAACUGUUCCUAACCUGAAGCACCACUUUAGCUAAUAGGGCCUCUUGCUGCCGCCGCGCCACUGCUGCGCGAUUUCUGUUCUUAUCCUGAAGCAAAGUUCUUAACCCGAGGUAAUAUUUCUGGGUUAACAGAGUCUGUAACCUGAAGCGUAUGUAAGCCGAGGUACCACUGUACUGUAUGUUUUGAAGUUUAAGGAAUAAGGGAGAUUUUAUAACACACACACACACACACACACACACACUUGUUUGGGCUAGCUAAAAGGCGGGGCCUUGUUUGAUGGGAGCUGGAACAGGCUGAGUGGUGCUGAAAGGUAGUAAAUCCAGAUUUCGUGAUGAAGCAAGAGUCUCUGAGUGGGAGGCAAAAGGCAUGCCAUUGCAAGACGCCCAGAGCAGGUGAGGUGGGUGGAGGUGACAAGCAAAGAGAACUAGCUGGAGGCAAAAGAUCCAGGUGUGGGAAGAAGAAGAAGAAGAAGAAGAAGAAGAAGAAGAAGAAGAAGAAGGGGAUAGGGAUAUAUUGGGGCGGGGGCUGAAGAGAGGUGGAGAUUGGUCAUGUGGCAACUGAUUGAGAAUUUGAUGAAACCCUGUCCCCUUGGUGUCCCCUGCAGACUAUGCGAAGGAGCAUUUGGCGCAGCUGCAGGAGAAAGCGGAACUCAUUGCAGGGAGGAUGCUCAGGUUCUCCGUCUUCUAUCGGAACCACACCAAGGAAUAUUUCCAGCAUGUCAGGUAAGUGCUUUCAAGCCAUGUGCAAAUGGGGAGCAGAGUGGCAGGAAAUGGGUGCUGGUACCCCAUCCCUUCCUCCACGCCAAGUUGCCAUAUCCCGUUGUCACGGUUAUCGUUUGCCCAUAUCCCUCUUCUCCCUCUGACAAUUGCACUGGACAGAGGUGUGAUAUGACAUCCGAUAUGACGUCAGAGAGUUGGAUUUGGACCCAGGGCCUCCAGUUGCUGACCCCAACAUUUAUUCUAGAGUCUGAUGUUAGGGAUCAUAGAAAGUGGGUGAUGGUGGGGACCCUCUCAAAGAACUGCCCAGUCAUGAGCUGCAGUGCUUCACCUUCCCAAGUUGUCUUGUCUUAAAGGUGAAAUCCAUUUCAGACUCUCCACCAGAGCUGAGAAUACAGGUCAGGCCUCUGGAUUCCUGCUACUCCCCCAUUUUGAUCAAGGUUUCCAGUCAUUACCGUUUUAUCCCAUCCUUCCUCCAAGGAACUCAAAGUCUCCUUAAUUUUCUCUUCACAACAAUCCUGUAAGGUAGGUUAGUCUAUGUGAGCUUCAAGGCUGCAUAGGAAACUGAGCCCUGACCUCCCUGGAUCUAGGCCAACACGGUGACCGUUAUAUAAUACACUUAAAAAAAUGAAAAGAAAUACAUUUUCUUUCUUCCCUUCCUCCAAAGAGCUCAGAGCGUGAUGCAUAAGUCUCCCUUCCUCACCCACUUUUAUCCUCCCUGCAGCCCAGUGAGGUAGGUCAGGUUGAGAGAUCACAAAGGAUCCAGGGUCACCCAGUGAGCUUCACGACUGAGUAGGCGUUUGAAUCCAGGACUCCCAAGGCCUAGUCUAAAACUUUUGAACCACUGCUUCACACUGCCUCUCACUCCUGUUCCCUGAGCUAGAUUGAAGUACUAAGGGUGGGGGUCAGAGGUUGCUUCACCUGCUCCAGAGUGUGGUACAGUGGUUAGAGAGCUAGACUAGGACUUGGGAGAGCAGGGUUCGAAUUCCCACUCAGCCAUGAGGCUCACUGGGUGACCUUGGGCCAGUCACCAACCCUUAGCCAUACCUACUCCACAGGGUUGUUGUGGGGAUGAAAUGGGGGGGGGGAGAACCAUGUCCACCACCAUGAGCUCCUUGGAAGAUAAAUGUUGCAUAUAAAUGAAAUAAAUAAAUAGCUAUUCAUGUAACAAUAAAAUAAGAAAGCCCUGAUGAUCCCCUCCCACCUUCCUGAGGUCACUUCCUGUAAUUCAGGGCGGGGGCAUAGUCAGAAGGGCUCUUUACAUUUAAGGCCCGUCCUGACCGCAGCUGCUGCUGCUUCUCCCCCCCCCCCCUUGUGGCUGACUGUCUGCCUCUCCCUCCUGGCCAGAAUUCACAGUGGGAAUGUCAUGAAGCCCUACCUGAAGGACAACAGCGGCAGCCACGGCUCUCCCACCAGCGGGAUGUUGCAUGGCAUCUUCUUCAGCUGCAACACCGAGUUCAACACAGGGCAGCCCCCGCAGGACUCCCCCUACGGCCGCUACCGCCUCCAGAUCCCUGCCCAGCGCCUCUUUGGCCCCAACACCAACCUCUACUUUGCGGACUUCUACUGCAUGUACACCGCCUACCACUAUGUCAUCCUGGUGCUGGCGCCCAAGGGGUCCCCCGGAGACAACUUCUGCCAGGAGCGCUUGCCCCAGCUGGACAUUACGGGCAACAAGUUCCUGACCUGCUGUGUGGAGGAGGGCGAGCUGGUCUACCGCCAUGCCCAGGACAUCAUCCUGGAGAUCAUCUACACCGAGCCGGUUGACCUCAGCCUAGGGGUGCUGGGGGAGAUCAGCGGCCAUCAGCUCAUGAGCCUUUCGACGGCCGAUGCCAAGAAGGAUCCCAGCUGCAAGACGUGCAACAUCAGUGUGGGGCGCUAG